AUGGCGGUGCGGAAGAAGGACGGCGGCCCGAAUGUGAAAUACUAUGAGUCUUCCGACACCAUUUCCCAGUUCGAUAACGUGCGGCUGUGGCUGGGCAAGAACUACAAGAAGGUACCGGAGAGAAGGGCUCGAUGUCCUUAGCGAAUCUCUGGGCUCGGCGUAUCGGCUGCCAGCACGGGCGAGAACAAAGAGCAGGGCCCGAUGGGGGGGGGGCACAAACCUGGGGGGCACGGGGGACCCCAAAAUACCCCCCGGCCCUCCCUCACUGCCUGCCAUGCCCGCUGCAGAGAGCCGGCCACCCCGGUAGUGGGGGCUACCUGGCGGGCAAGGCCGGUGUCUGGGAAUGGGCAAGGCCUGCUACAGCCAGGGCUGGGGUUAUCGGUAAAUCCCAUCACCCCCAGCCACGCUGCAUGGCAGUAAUGGCAGGCCAGCCCUGGGAUCUCCGUCUAAACAAACCCCAUCAAUGGACAUGUCAGUGACCUCCCCUGACAGUGACCCCAGGAAUCCCAUUUACUGAGCUGGAAAUCCUAAAACAUCUGGAUUCCUGGUAAACCCUUUCUUUAUAUAAUCAAACCAGUACACCCAGUGAGAGCUGUCACCAUGCUCCAAAAUAAAUACCCCCACCCCUUUCCUCCCCCCUUCUUCUCAUGGCUCAGCUGUCCUGUCAAACACAGGUUAAUCCCCCCAGGCUAACCUGCCAUGUGUCAGCUGCCCCUAACCUGUCACUGAUUCUACUUGCCAAUGUGAUAUUAUUAUUAUUAUUAUUAUCAUCAUCAUUAUUAUUAUAAAGUAACAACAUUUUCUGCAGCUCUGUACAAUAGGUUUGCAAGACAUACAAAAAAAAAAAAGUUAAACACACUUUGGCUUGCAAGAACAGGAGGUAGUGAGCCCCCUGUGUAUUCAAAUUUAUAUAAACUCAUAGUAUUUAAACCCAUUUUGUAUGUAUGGUUCUGUGCUUUAUAUAUGUGUGUAUUUGUAUAUAUAUUUAUAAAAAAAAACCAGAGAAUAUUAUGUGUGUAAUUUAUUGGAAAAAAAAGAAGCAAAAAUUCAGUUAUCCCCUUAAGGACCAAACUUCUGGAAUAAAAGGGAAUCAUGACAUGUCACACAUGUCAUGUGUCCUUAAGGGGUUAAAGGACCACUAUAGGCACCCAGACCACUUCAGCUUAAGUUAAUCAGAAGAACAUCAACAUUUUAGGCGUUUUCUCUUGUAGAAAAAAAGUCCCUUUAUGGGCUGACACAUUGAUCUCUGUAUGACUGCUAUUUAACUGCAUUGCCAUUUUAAUCACUUGGUCUUCUUUUUUCAUACAACUUUUAGCCAAAAUGCAUUUAAAAGGAAGCCGUUUGGUUUUUUGUUUGUUUGUAUAUAUAGUGUGAAUAUACAAAAAAAAAAUACUUUCAGCUUUCAAAAAAAAUCACGUUGCAAGUGCUGUAGUUGGUAGAUUUAACGAGGAAGAAGCUCCACUACUAAUAAUGAACUAUUGCUGCCUUGUUGUUCUGCAUUUUUAUCUUACCCCGCAAACAACAAGGCAGCAAUAGUUCCUGGGCUAAGUAAUGCAGGCCCCAACUACACUUCCACUCAUCACAUAAUAUAAGGGGAGCUGCUUGAUAAGCUUAUAGCCAUACCACGACUGCUACUAGUGUAUACAGAGGUUUUCUUGUGUGUGAACUAGGCCUUAUGUAGCGAUGUCCCUAGUGCACAGCAAUUCGAUUACACCGAUCCAAAGGUGCUACAGUCCUCUUGACACCAUAACCUCUGCAGAUGUGCAUGGUUUUUAUAGUUCUUGGUGACCCUUUAAAGGGGUCCAAUGUAAAAAAACAAAAAACUAUUAUACACACACCAAUAAUUGUCAUAAUAUAAUUUUGAGGGGCACGCUAUAUUCAUGUGCCUUCUAUGUGUUGUAUGCCUUCUAUGCCUUUGGAGGGCACAUGGCGAAUUUGUCCAUGGAGCUGAUAUCGAUAAGAACCAGAUUUCUGUGGAUAUUCGUAUAUCCAUCACUAAAAAAAAGACGAGACCUACACCAAAUCAUCUCAGUGCGCGAGUGUUGCACAUUCUACAUCAGACACGUGGAUCUCAGUCACAAUGGGGAAUUGAAUGGACUGAAGGCAUGCUUUUUGUUUGUAUUAAAAAUCAGGCAUUCACGGCUCCCAUGGAGAACAUCAGCAGUGUGUAUCCGUGAUUGCUGUCUUUGAGAGGAGUAAGAUGGACUGUAGUGUUUACAUUUUUUUUUUUUUUUUUUAAUGGUAGAAGCGUGUGGUUGGUUGUAAGGCUCAAAUUUACCUUUGCCCUAGAGAGUGAGUCAUCUGAGGGCAUUCCUUCUUCUUUGUGUGAAUGUUUACCUUGCGCUCUCUAAAUCUAUUUUUCUAGGAAUAACUUUAUUACUACUCUAUACUCUAUUUAUACUCACCAGUUAAUAAAAAUAAUUCUGUUUUAGUUUUGCUGUUGUCUUGUUAAGCAGAUAAUUCCUUUUUUAUUUAGAUGUUUGUGGGAAAUGUAUUCUGCAGGAUCGUAUUAACCCCUUAAGGACCAAACCUCUGGAAUAAAAGGGAAUCAUGACAUGUCACACAUGUCGUGUCCUUAAGGGGUUAAAGCGGUUCUGUCUCUUUGAGCAUUUUAUGAUAUCUUUAUAAUGUACUCAUACUGUAUUUAUAAGUAGGGACUGCUUUUGUCUUACGGUCAAGCCUGAGGUUGACAAAAGGCAGAGCAUCACAGUCAGCUUUUCUCAAAUCCCAGCAGCUCUAGUAAGCGAUAUCUGUGAGAGUCAGGUUUUGUCUUACCCAUCGUCAGAUGUAAUCUAUGGAGGCUUUCACAGGAUCUUCCGUAGAAGUGAGUGUUGUACUUUUGCGCAUGCGCAAGAGUACAGGACUGACGCAAAUCCUGGCAGAUGAAUCUCAAGGAGCUGAAGAAAAUCUUCAGGAAGAAGAUGGUAAGUAGGACAACAUCCCACAGCGCCCUGCGGCCACUUCAACAUAAGAGAUGUCACAUAUGACAGGGCUCGAAAAGUGGGUAUUUUUUUGCUCGAUGAAGCAUGGAGACAGGCAGCGAAGGAGCAAAAAUCUUCCUGCAGUUCUUGCUCUGCUCCCUCGCAAAACCCUGCUGUGAUGCCGGGAGCCGGAAUAUGACGUGACUCCGGCUCCUGCAUCACUAAACCGAACAAAAGAGAGCAGAGCAAGUAGAGCUUGAAGAUUACAGAUGCCCCAGGGCAAUGAUCCACUUUAGAUCUCCCAAAGGUAGGGAAGCUCAGUGGACAUAAAUAAAAAUAAAAAUCAUUUGUGAGUGUGUGAUAAAGUGUGUCUCAGUAUCAGUCUCACUGUCAGUAAGCGUGUGUGUCUCUCUGUCAGUGAGUGCAUCUGUUUAGGUCACUGGUUCCCAUCAGUUUGCGUGGGAAAUGUUCUCACCUUUUUUUUCUCCCCUCACCAUGCCUAUCUCGCCAUAGCUGGCCAUGCCUCCAUGGCUGACAUCAUCAACUUUGAAGAUCUAUUCUCUGCCAAGCCAAUGCAUUCCCAUAAGAAAACAUUCGGAUGCUAUUGCUCAUGUGCGAGAAAAUACUGCACUGCGGCAAUCAGCAUCUCUUCAUAGAGAUCAAUGUGUCUCUAUGGGGAACACCUCCAUGCAGAGUGUGGCGAUGCUGAGCGUAGGAAUCACCUCUAGUAGUUGUCUGAGUGACUGUCACUACAGGUGUUACUAGGCAGCAAUAUAAACAUUGCCUUUUCUCUGAAAAGACAGUGUUUAUUGCAAAAGACCUGUAAGGACAGGCUAGCGACACCAGAGCCACUACAUUAAGCUAUAGUGGUUCUGGUGACUAUAGUGUCCCUUUAAGAAUUCUAUUUUUGUCAUUGAAAAUUAAACAUAACUUAGUUUAAAAAAAUAAAAUAAAAAAAACUUGAUCCCAACUUUUUUAGCUGGCUCCUAAAUUCCAAGCAGAUUUGUCAAGCUCUAACAUACACUAUGGAAAGACUCCGGAUAGUGACAGAAAUACUUUAAAAUUUCUACAUAAAAUGUGGCUGGACUGUGCUGCUGAAAUGAGGGCCUGGUUAUUGUGAUAAAUGUUUGCUCUACCCAGCCAAUACAUUGAGACACUUGUGAUGUAAAUACUGAGCAUGAUUCAUUCAAUUCAUUGCUCUCAUAUGUCAUAUAGCAUUAGCUAGCAGAAAGUUAUUUGGUGCUAUAAUUGUUAAUCUACUAUAUGUUCAUUAGUUCUGGAACUGGCAUUAUGACUUUGCAUACAUUCCCAUAUACAUUAAUUAUUACUCAACUACCACGUCUAUCAAAUGUCUUUAUGGGACUUGUGUCCUGAUAUAAUUGUUAGCAAUGUUUGCAUCAAAUUCUAUUCUUGUCUGAACGUUACCUAUGUAAAAUAUUUUUUUAUUGAGACUGCAAAUUACAACAUUACAUAAAAUCUGUGUAAAAAGUCAAUGUUGCUAAUCAAAAUAACAUUACUGUAGAAUCUAGAGUGAAAGAAAGCAGUUUUCAGAGUUAUAAAAGUCUGGUAGCUAUUACUUCCAGAAAAGCGCACCAUAACCACUACAGCUUGCAGGCUCACCUAAUGUAACUGAUAUUAUAUUGCACGGGUUAUAAAUAAUCCUCCUUGCAAUGAAAUUUAGUGUCAUUUCAGGCUUGUACUACAAACAGACCCACACAGGAGACGACAUUUCUGAUUGCUAAACAUUGCUUUUCUGUUUUUGCUGCAGUACAUUCAAGCAGAACCUCCUACCAACAAGUCUUUGUCCAGUCUGGUUGUACAACUGCUACAGUUCCAAGAAGAGGUCUUUGGAAAACAUGUUAGCAAUGCUCCUCUCACUAAAUUGCCGGUAAGUGUUCCCCGGCCUAUAUUAUUAUUUUCUAGCAGCCACAAAUUCCCCAGGACUAAAUCUAAUGAGUAAAGGGUAUGACACAAGGUGAUUUGACAGAGAGAAAUAAAAUGUAAUUCAGCUUCUUUUAAUGUGACUUUUGAACUAUUAUUUGAAUUAAUGCAUUCUCUCUAUAAACCAUACAAAAGUGGGGAGUCAGUCUGCAUUGUUUCUUUUACAGAAGAACAUUUAUUUAACACAAAUAAUGUAUCCAGUUCCAUCCAUUUAUUUUUCCACAGCAAAUUAUUUGGAUAGUCCCCAAAACAUAUUAUAAACUACUGAAAUGUCUCCCAUUAUUCUUUACACCACAAAAUUGUGAAAGAUACUGGCUCUUAAAUUAAGAAACUGUGUGUUAUCCAUUAAAGCGACCAAAACAAAUCAAUAUUGGUGCACAUCAAAUCUUUAAAAGCCCUUACAGUGCCAAUACACUUUUAUAAAAGUUGUACUUAUAUUCAGUAUUCCAUGUGCUUUUUGCUCAUAUUGAUUUAAAAACAACAAAAAAAAACAAUAACUGCAGUUGGCACAGUUUUUAGAUAUUUUUUAGAUCAUUAGUACACUAAAAUUUGUCCACAGUGGUAAAUAUCUAAGUGCUAUGCAACUCCAGGAACUCUGGGAGGGCCAUACAGUGGGGUAUCUUGGAUUCAUAUAUUGGUAUAUUUAUAGACCUCAUUCAUAAAGGAGGGAUAUAUACUGAAAGAUGACAAUUGGUAUAUUUAGCACAUUUAUUAAAAACACCUUAUUCAUGCUUAUUUUCUCAGUUUAUAACAACCAUUAUGUUUUAGGAAUGUAAUUAAUUCGUUAAGUUACAAAAAAGUGAAUUUUUAAAAUAGAUUAUUCAUAAUUAGAUUUUUAAAUGGAAUGGUCAUUUUAAAUCUACUCACUGUAGCCUUUGAAAGGGUUGAUUUAAAAUAAGGGGAGCUGAGGACAUUUAGGAUUUUGAUGGACACGAGUAUGGGCUAGUGGUUUUGAUCGCCCCGCCCCCCCCAGAACCCCUAAAAUUGUGUAGCACUGAGCUACUCCACACUUGUGCGUGAUUACAUUAUGCUUGUUUUUUUAGAACAAUCAGCAGUAUUGAAAAAAAAAUAAGAAGCUCAAGGAACUUUUAAUAUAAGUAUAUUUUGUUUAAGUGAAAUGUAUUGGAAAUCUAAGGGCUUUUGAUGGUUUGUCCACCAGCAUAGAUUCAACGGUUUCUGCAAUUUUCAUGGAAGCAUAAGUAGUCAAAAUUAUUUGUAGAAUACUAUCAAUAUAAGAACAAAUAAAAGCCCAAAUUUACAACACCACCUGUGAUUUCUUAGCUACUCCAAGGAUAUAAAUAGCUCACAUUAUUUCUGUGUAUUUUUUUUUUCUCACUUUCUAGAUGAAAUGUUUUCUGGACUUCAAGGUAGGAGGAGCACUUUGCCACAUCCUUGCUGCCGCCUAUAAAUUCAAGAGUGACCAAGGAUGGUGAGAUAUGUUCUUUAUGGCAGUGUGAUUGUGUAACACAGUAUGGUGGUGGUUUGAGCGUAGACAAGGAUUGAAAUCCCACAAGGCCUCAGGCAGGUUACUAGUUUGGGCCCCCUUCAUUCUUCACAUAGGGAUGGUUAAUGAGGAUAAGAAUAUUUUUGGUUCCUGUCUAUCCUCUGGGCCCUAGGCAGCUGCCUCGUUUGACCUUCUGGUUAAUCCUGCUCAGUUUUAGAGGUGUCUGUGUUUUUCAGAAAUUUUUCUUUUAUACCUUCACCAUUAUUUUCCAUGUAAAAUUUUCCUACAGUUAUUAGUAAAUAUACUGAGUUUUACACUUCAAAAUGCUAUCAUGCCUUCUUGCCAAGUUGCCAGGUAUGCAGCUGUUCUUGUGAUAAGCUCCCUGCUUAUGAAAUGUGAGAACAACUCUAAUAAAGCAAAGAAAACGAAGAUAUAACACAUCUUAAUCUGAGUAAUGUUCCUAUUCACUCACCUCCCAAGAAAGCAGCAUUGCAAAUUUGUAAUGCUCUCUGGGUUUGAGAGCCAGAUUUUAUUAUUCUGGUUUGUUUGCUGGGAGCCAUUGUGGUCCCAGUUUGCUGAUUGCUAGAACGAACUACAGCACAGCGGGGUCCCUGCUCCUUCCAAGGCUAAAUAUGUUCUUUUAUGCUGUAAGUUUGGAAUUGUUUGAGCUACAAACUAAGCACUUUACAUUAGUAUCUCUAUUAUUGAUUAAAUAGUAGGAUUACAGAUGUACAGGCAACUUGAAACAGUCCCACCUCUAAUAACGUCUAUAUAUUUCCUGUAGGCGCAGGUUUGAUUUCCAGAAUCCUUCUCGUAUGGAUCGUAAUGUAGAAAUGUUUAUGAACAUUGAAAAGUCUUUAGUACAGGUAAGCACUUGCUAUUAUUGAUGGUUAAUAAGAUUAUGUUUGGGUUUGCGUUUUUAGUUUUCCUCAUUAGACCGAGUGGUCAGAAUAAAACCACUGACAGAUUACUGCUGUUUGUGCUAAUAUGUUGUAAAAAUGUUGCUAAACAUAUUUGAAGCUUUCAUCAUGUUUUUUUUUUUUUUUUUAGUCUGCAUAAUUCUAGGAGAUGAAGUGCUUUCUAAAUUUCUUCUUCUUCUUUUUUAUAUUUUUUUUAUUAAUACUUAGAAUAAUUGCUUAUCUCGACCCAACAUAUACCUUCACCCUGAAAUUGAAGCGAAACUACAGAGCAAGCUGAAAGACAUUGUGAAGCGGCAUCAGGUGUGACUCAAGAUUUAUUAUUUUUUUUAUUUAUUUUUUAUACAAUAGUUUAUGAUAGUCGUGUUAAAGAUUUUAUCUUACACAAAUUCUGUGCACAACAAAAUUGUUGUGUGUGUUACACAAAAUGUGUGUAUUUAUAAGCCAUGAAUGUGACACUUAUGUCACUUAAGAUCUCAGUUGUAGUCCAAUUUUAAUGUUUGUCAUUGACUUUCGUAGCUUUCUUGUACUGUUCUCAACCUUCUUGUUUAUACAUUUAAGACUGUUUUGGGAAUUUCAAAGUCAAGGUCUUUCAGAUAAAUGCUGAACACUGGGAGUUAUUGUUUUUGCUUUGCUCCUUUAAAUUAUGCUCUCUAUCUUUUGUUUUUAGGGUACUAUAACAGAAGAUAAAAGCCAUGCUUCCCACGUGGUUGUUCCGGUCCCUGGUAACUUAGAGGAAGGUAAGACAGAAAUCACCCACUGUUAGAAUGCCCCAGUAGAGCAUAGACAUAACAUCAGUGUAACCACUGGUAGAAUCCUGCAGUUUUGGGUAUAAUGACCAUCAAAUCAUAUGAACCAUAGAAUAAGUCUGCAAUAUAGAGCAUAGUAGCUCUAAAAUCUAUGUAACGAAAGUCGGAAAUCUGCAAUAUAGAUUAUAUAUUGGCCACACAUCAAUGUAACCACUGGCAGAAUCCUGCAGUAUGAAAUGUAAUUGCCAUACAAUCUAUGUAACCACUGGCAGAUUCAUGCAUUAUAGAGUGUAAUGCCCAUAAGUUAGAAACAAGACUUACCAGACAUGAAGCUUGAUCAGAGUGGGAGGAAAACACAAUUUGACCAUAUAUAUUUAAUUUUUCAUAUUUAAUUAUCCUCUAGUGGGCAUGCUACAUCCUGGGGUCUAUGUGUUCUGUAUUAGAACUGAUACCUUACUGCUUAACCACUUUGCUACCAAGUUUUUUUUUUUUUUUUUUUAAAUAAAUGGCAGUCCAUAUUUUUGAACCAUGGGAUAAGUAUCUAGUACAUAAACACAACUUAAAAUAGUAUAUUUUUGGGAUAUGUAAACUUGAUUUCUCCAAGCAUCUGUCAUAUGCAAAGUUUUGCAAGCUGCUAUUGUAGCUUGUAUCCUACAAAGUAUCUGCAAGGUGUACUCCAUGUGAAAAGAGCUGUUUGCUAUGCUGUUGGAAUAUAGAUGUGAAUAUUGACCUAAAAAGGUUGCUGUAAACUGUUGGAAGAGACAGUGCAGACUCUUCUUUGCAAUCCAUCUGCAUAAAAGCAGAGGGGUAGAAAGGAGACAUAGCAGAGAAAUUUGUUUCCGUGCAGGGUGAGGACCAGCGAUGGAGCAAAGUUUUAAACUGUGCCCAUUAUGUUAUUUUUUUUAAUAUAGUUUAUGAUUUAGAUCACAUAUACAGCAGAAAUAUAUAUAUAUAUAUAUAUAUAUAUAUAUAUAUUUUUUUUUUUUUUAUUGACAUACACUCACAGAAUGAUCAACAAUCUGUGGGGGUUUCUAUUUUUAUUUUAGGUUGAGUUGGUGUAUCUGAUAUUCGCUUUUUUUAAAUGCAGAAACAUUGUCCAUUCACACAGCUGACUUUGGUGUCACCACAUUGAGAGAAAAAAAUGCAAAAAAAUUGACCACUGUGAACAUAAUCUUAAUAAUCAAUCUUGUCUUUUCUUCUUCUUUUUCAAAUCCCUUUUUCAGAAGAGUGGGUACGGCCCAUAAUGAAGAGAGACAAGCAAGUUCUUCUUCACUGGGGUUAUUAUCCUGACAGGUAGGAUUAACUAAACAAAAAAUAGUCCACACUAUGCACAGUUUUUGGUCGUUGACUGUGGCUUUAGUUCAUGCUGUGUUUUCAUUGUAUAACAAAUAGCUAAUUAAAAUACAGCUUCAAUUUCUUUUUCUUUUUUUUUCUUCUUUUUCGUUGCAUCUUUAUUUUGUCUAAACUGCAGCUUGCUAAAACAAAAUGCAUUACAAGCAAAUGUUAAAGCUUUUAUAUGUAAUUGUCACUUACUUUAUAUUAGAAUUGGGUUCAAAGUCUUACAUGUUUUGAGCAGUGCACCUGAGUGAUUGUCCUUUUCACUACUACCUUUUAUUGUUUGAUCUUCUGUUCAUGCAGAAUGAUAUGGACUGUCACUUGGAGCUAUUCACUAAGCUAAAAUGGGAAAUUGUCUGGAAACUGCAAUUCCAAUCAUUUACUAAAUGCAGUUAGAGAUGCAUUUGGGGAUCAGCUUCAAAUAUGGUAAUUUAGCUUAUGGUAAUUAACCACCAUGCAGCAUUACAUGCAAAUUAUAGAAUACAUUUGACUAUUAGGAAAGGUAUUUUCUGCAUUUGAAUUGCAUGCCACAAGUAGGGUUUUGUGCAUGAGUUGCAAUAAAUGGGGGAAAAAUCAGUGACCAGUCAGAACGCCUCUGAUGACCCCUGUCCCCCACCAUAAGCACAUUUAAUGGGGAUGUGCACAUCAGAACUGGACUAAGGAGCAAUGGAAGAAGCUUGUCUGGUCUAAUGAAUCACGUAUUCUUUUAGAUCAGGUCCAUGGGAUGGUGCACGUACGUCGUUUACCUGGGGAAGAGAUGGCAGCAGUAGGCACGAAGGGAAGGAGGCAGGCCGUUGAAGGCAGUGUUAUGCUCUGGGCAAUGUUCUGGUGGGAAACCUUGGUUCCUUGUUUUUAUGUGGAUGUUACUUUGAUACAUAACACCCUACCUAGAGAUUGUUGCAGACCACGUACACGCCUUCAUGGUAGUGGUUUUGUUCACUGAUGGCGGUGGCAUCUUUCAACAAGACAAUGCACCCUGCCACUGUGCAAAAAAAUGGUUCAGGAAUGGUUUGAGGAACAUGACAAAGAUUUUGAGGUGUUGGCCUCCAAAUUCCCCAGAUCUCAGUCCAACUGAGCAUCUGUGGGAGUGCUGGAACAACAAAUCUAAACCAUCGAAACCCCACCUCACAAUGUGCAGGACUUAAAGGAAGUGCUGAUAAUGUCUUGGUACUAGAUACCACAGUGAGUAAAAAGUAACCCGAAGUAAUGUGUUUUUUAAUCCUGAUCAAUUAGAAAGUGAUACUCUAGCAACAUUAGCUUAAUGAAUUGGUUUUAGUGUAUAAAUCAUGCCACUGCUGUCUCACUGAUCAAUUCUCUGCUAUUUAGGAGUUAAAUCACUUCUUUUUCUGUUUAUGCAGCCCUAGCCACACCUCCGCUGGCUGUGAAUCAGACAGCAUACAUAAAAAAAAGUUUUAGUUCUAACUCAGCCCAUUGUGUUUACGUUAGGUUUUUAUCGCCUGCUCUGUUAUAUGAACUUUAAUCAUCCACAGUAAGCUUCCACAGGAUGGUAACAGAGUAGGAGAUAAAAAAAUUCUAAGUUAAACACACUGUGCAAUAUAGAACGUAUUACAUUAAGUUCUCUUUUUACAGGAAAUGUGUAACUAAAUUGUGGAAAUUCAGUUGACCAUAAUUUGCAGACAGACAAGUGCCAAUCUAGUUAUUGUGUUUGAGCAUUCAGUUGUGUAUUUACAUUAUUCUAUCCUGGAUUUCACCCUUUCAGUUGCAUAUGGAUAGCCUAAAAUAUUGUCUACAUUCAUUCGUAUGCAGUAUUGCAAAAUCCAGACAUUGAUACAUCUUGAAUAAUGUCUAUAUUUUGUGGCCAGUUGUCUUCUCUGGUACUGGAUUAUUUUUGAUAAUCUGAAAUGGAUGCAUUUGGAUUUAAAGGAACACUGUAUGUACAUGUUUUCUGACCCUAUUGUUUUCAAACACUAGUUGGCUGCCCUUUCCCCCCCCCACCUGCCUUAAAUAAGUUGAAAGUGUAACUUUAUUCCAGUGCAGUGUGGCCGAUCAGUAUCUUCUCAUAGAGAUGCAUUGAAUCCAUGCAUCUCUAUAGGGAAAGUUCAGCACCUCCAUGCAGAGCGUGGAGACACUAAACAGCACUGACCAGGAAGCACCUCUAGUCGCUGUAUGAGUGACUGCCACUGGAGGUGUUCCUAGGCAGCAAUGUAAGAGAAAAGGCAGCAAAAAGCCUGACUAUACUCACCAGAACAGCUAUCUUAAGCUGUUUUUUUGAUGACUAUAGUGUUCCUUUAAGUGAAUAACUGUGUUUUUUACGCUAGCUCAGGGUUUUCUAACCCAGUCCUCAAGUACCCCCUAACAGUCCAGGAUUUAGGGAUUUUUUUUUUUGACAAUCUUUAUUUUCAUUUUAACGAAUACAUACAAGGUAGUAAACAAGAGUUCAGCACCGCAGUACAAUGAGAAGAUAAUGCCGUGGUACGCCAACAACAGUUGUACAUUGCAUUACAUUAAGCAGGGAGACCCUAGGGCUACUAGCGGGCAUCAGGAAUGCGCGUUUAGGCCAGUUUAUCCGCUAUUAUCAAGAGAAAUACGUAUAUUACACUGGUAGCCGGUAUCAGAGCACGGCUGGUCUUGCGCCACAACCCGCAGAGGUGUCGAUUGUGUGGCCUAGGGUAGUGGAGGCGACAUGAAGGCUCCGGUUUUUAUCCUGCCCGACCUUGGCCUAUUUGCUACUUUCCAGUCUACCGCCCAUGAAGUAUUAGUCGGGGGUUAUCACUGCCCUUAACUCUAAUCUCUUAGUCUUUACUCGUCAGGGAGUAUAUACUGUGUCGUAGCAACCGUACAGGAUCACUAGGGGACCCGUCAUGUAUCCCAAUAGACUCGCCAACCAGUCACUUCCAGUCAUCCACUAUCGUGUCAGUGAAGUGCCCCCCCGCGGUCUGUUCUGCUAUGUGGGGGACGGGUCUAGAAGGAUGAAGGUGGUUCCCACGUUUGCCUAAUGGAGACUGUGGCGGGCAGGGGAGUCUGUCAGUCUUGUGUCGCAGUUCUGAGCUGGGUAAAGUCCGUCCACAGGCGAUCGUCUGGUACAGGCCGAAUUGGCCGCCCAGGCCCGUGGCACCACCGUCUGGCCUCGCCCGUGCAUGUGAGAGGCUCCGAGGGGCAGGGAAGGGCCUGAGGGAGAAGAGGGGAGGAGAAGGAAGUGGGGGGGGGGGACAGGGUGGGAGGAUGAGGUGAAGAGCGUCGCGGCUCGGUCAAGGGCAGGGGGACCCACCACCAAUCUCCGGCGCACGGCCCGCGGCCUGCGACUCAGGGCAUGCAUUGGUCAGGUCGGCGCCCAGGGGUCGGCGUGCUCUAUAGGUAAUCCAGGGGCCCCAUAGUCGGGAACACUGCUCUCCAGUGCCAUGUAAGUCUGCCGUGAGGCUUUCCAUAACAAAGAUGUCUUCUAUCUUAUCCUCCCAUUCCGAGAUCGUUGGCACUAAUUGAGUUUUCCAUUUAGUAGGAAUUAGGCUUUUGGCCGCAUUCAGGAAGUGCUUCGUUAAGGAUUUUUUGUAGCUGCCAAUCGGCAUGUCAGUGUGAUGGAGCAGCAUCGGGAGGGGUAGCAGUGGUAUCUCCGAUUCCAAGACUUCCCUCAGCUUCCCAUGAAUUUGUCACCAGAAGGUGGCUAUAGGAGGACAUGUCCACCAUAUGUGCAAGUCCGUGCCAUCCGCCGACCCACAUCUCCAGCACUGGGCUGUUGGCGUGAGGCCCAUGUGGUGUAGUCUAGCGGGUGUCCUGUACCAUCCAGUCAGGAGCUUGUAGUUAAGCUCCCUAAGUUUGGUGUCAACAGUUCCCAGGUGUGUCAGAGUAUGAAUCCUCCCCCAAUCGGCUUCUGACAGGUCCUUCCCCGUCGCCUGCUCCCAUUGCGACUGGUAAGGGGCCGGCGGCAGUCGAAUGGCCAUGAGCAAGGCGGCGUAGAGGACCGAGAUGCGCACAGUGACUCAAAAUAUGUCAGGUCCCUGUGUAUAAGUUGGGAGCCAGGUAGCGUGUGGCAUGAGUUUCGGAUCUGGUGAUAUCGGAACCGCAGCAGCCCGGUGAUCCGUGCCUGUGACUGCAGGGACUCGAAAGUACAAACCCAACCAUUCACGCACCAAUCUCUCAGGUGCAGCUCGCCCAGAUUUCCCAGUCCUUCCACGUCUUUCGGUGCCAGGCCUCCAGCUAUAUCCGGAUUAAAGACUGCCGGCGUCAAGGGGGGCGGGCUUGUGGAGAGGCUCAAUUUGAACCGGAGGUUUGACCAUACCCUCAGUGUCGCCCCGAUCAGCGGAAGUUCCCGGAGAUCCCUAGUUUGUAGGGGGCGGGGGAGCCACCCCACCCACGGAAGUCUUCCCGCAGCCUGCGUGCGUUCCAGGUGGACCCAGUGCUUAUCCGUCUGGGGGACAUGCCAAUCCACUAAGCGAAGGAGAUGGGUGGCGAAGUAAUAGGAUUGCAGGUCCGGGAGGCCCACCCCACCCAGGUGUUUCGGCUGGAUCGGGAGCGUGUGCCUAAGUCUCGCUGUCCCCGUUUUCCACACAAAUCUUCUGAUGUCCGUAUUCAUGGUGUUAAAGAAGGCCUGGGGAAGUCGAAUUGGAAUAGCCCCCCAUCUCAACAUAUCGGAGCGUAGUCUAGUUUGUAGGGGCAGGAAAUUAUCACGGUAAAGUGCACUCAGGUCCCUCGUCAACCAAAUCCCCAGGUAUUUAAUACGGUGCGGGCACCACUUGAAGGAGAAGUUGGCUUGCAACCGGGGUAGCAGGCCCGUUGGCAGACGCAGCGGGAGCGCCUCGGAUUUGUCCGUGCAGGAUUUAGGGAUUACCCUGUUGUGUCUAAACUGUUUUGGUAUUUUCUUUCUUAAAAAACACCUUAGACACAACUGGGUAAUCCCUAAAUCCUGGACUGUUAGGGGUUACUCAAGGACUGGGUUGGGAACCACUGCACUAGCUGCUCCUUAAAUACAAAUUUAAACUCCGUCCUAGUAGUAUAAUGCUAAACCUGUUAAAUAAUUAACCCACAAAGAUAAAUGUGCUGUCAACAUUUAUUAAUUCACAAUGUGUGGAUAAGUACAUGGUACAGAUCCAGUACCUGAUGGCACACCCUUGAGAGGCAGUAAUCUAAAUUUAGCAUUAAAAGUAAAGAUUAGUCAAUCUUGUAUCAGUUAUUUGUGACAGUGUAGCUUUUACUUUAUCAGAUCCUCAGAUUUCAAAGAUUUCACCAGUGAUGCCAGAGAUAAUUUUAAUAACAGUUUUAGAUUGUUUAGCUAAUAAGUUUUAAUUUAUUUUUGGCGAAUUUCAAGGAUGUUCACUUUCAAUCAUUAAACUUGUUAAUUAUAAAUCCUACUUAAACAUCCAGAUUACUGUCAUACUUCUUAAAACUUUGGAAAUCUAAAUUGAAGGGACACUACAGUCACCAAAACAGUAGUUGUUUUGGUGUAUAAAUCAUGCACAAGCAAUCUCACUGCUCAAAUUCUCUGCCAUUAGGAGUUAAAUCACUUUGUUUAUGCAGUCCAAGUAAUACAUUCCUGCAUGUGACUUACACAGGUCUCCUAAACACUUCCUGUAAAGUGAGAUCUAAUGUUUAAAGUUCCUUUAUUACACAGUCUGUUUAAAGUAUAAUGUCUUGUCUCAACCACUGUAAUAGCCUGCUAGACCUUGCAGGAGCCUCUUAUGUGUGCUUCGAGUUCAGAGCAGGAGUUCAAAAAAGUUCUAAAAUUAGUUAAUAUCUGGUUAUAAAAUGAAACCAUUUUUUCAUGCAGGCAGUAUGAAUCACACCUAGGGGAGGCGUGGCUAGGGCUAUAUGGACAGAAACAAAAGUGAUUUGACUGUUAAAUAGCAGAAAAUUGAGCAGCUAGACUUCAGAGGCAUAAUCUAUACACAAAAACGGCUUCAUUAAGUUAAAGUUCUCUUGGUGACUAUACUGUCCCUUUAACUUGAUUAGUAUGCUAGAUAUGAAGUGUGUAGAUUUUGUAUCAAAUAGUAACUUCAGAAAGUGAUGUUUUAGAACUAAUGUAUGAAAUGGAAAAAUUAUAAGGAAAUAAAUUCAGGAGCUGCACAUUAAGCAAUGUAAAAAACCUGUAUAAUUUAGCUCCUCUGUCUAUUUUAAACAGGAAAUGCACUGCUGCAACAGUUAGAAAUAUCUUUGUAGAUUAUGGCCUGCUUCUAGAUAUCAUACUGCAAGCCCUCAGCUAUUAUCCUUUAAGAGUUUUAUGUGUUAUUUCUACUCCCACUCUAGUUAUGACACAUGGAUUCCUGCCAGUGAAGUCGAAGCUUCAGUGGAAGAUGCUCCCACUCCAGAGAAACCACGCAAGGUAAACCCACUUGUAUCUCCAUUUCUAGAAUUCCCUCCAGAUUGCCGAAUUUAAGAAACCUGUCUGCUCAGUGAGUGUCCAUACUGAGAACUCCAUUAUUUGCUGUUUGAAUUCUCAUUUACUAAAAUUAAUACUGAAGCAGAUAAUAUUAAAUUAUGAGAAUGAAACUGUUUUAAAACUAGAAACUGGGAAACUGGUACAAUAUCAAACUUCUUUCAGUCCAGAUAGUGGAAUAAAACAGUCACAAGGAUACCUGUAUUCAUCCAGCAAACCUCUGUAGGACAAAGCAAUACUAUAAAAUAAAAAUGAAAGCCUUAAUGAUUUAUUUUUGAUAAGAAAAUAUUAGUUUCAGACAUAUACGCUAGGCUGAAUGAGUCCUGAAUAAAAGAUUAGACGAUGACUCCUAACCACUAAAGCGCUGUUACUUGUGAAGAGUGCUUCCCCUUUUUUAUUUUACAAAUUUUUUUUUUUGUGCAGAUUUCAAUAGAAAUUGGCCCUUUAAUAAAUUAACCUGGUUACACCCAUUGGCUGCGAAUCAGAUAACUGUCCUGUUACUUCCUGGUUUGAUUUGCACAGUGAAGCUAAGCGACAAACAAUUGCCCAGGGCACCUGCCUUGCAAAGACUUCUAAUUGAGCUGCAUUGGAAAUUCUGUGUUUUGACAGCCAUUGAAAGUCUGGGUUGGGGAUGCAAGUCAAGGGAUUGCAAAGGCAGCAGACAACAUUUUUUUAGAUAUACCCCAAUGCAAAAUGCAUAAUUAAAUACAUGCAUGUUUUCAUAUCUACUAAAUAAUGGUUUAUUUCUAUUUAGGUAAUGGAGCGUCCAUCUAAUUAUUUCAUCUACAGAUUAAAAUAAAUUACAUUAAGAACCAUUCUUUGAUUCUCAAAAAUAUAUUUAUUCUGUCUAAUUGAUAGAAUCAAAAUAACAAGAUAGACCUGACAACAUUUAGGCACUUACAGACUUCGUCAGGCCUCGUUUGCACAAGUGAAACCAUUACUUUUAAAGCAUAAAUGGAACAGUAAGUGGACUAGUAAGGGAAACACUAAUUUACUGUGAGUGAAAUUUCCAAAAUUAGCAGUAACAAUGAAUCCUUAGCCUUGAGUGAGUGUGUACAUUUGUGUGUGUGUGUGUGUGUCUGUCUAAAUAUUUAAAAUGUUCACCUUUAAAAGCAACAUUUGCACUCAUGUAGCCCAGACUUGAUGAAGGUGCUGGCCACCUGCUGGAUGUUGGUUUAAUAAAUGCUUUACCUGAGAAUAAGAGUACAGCGGUUACUUACCUUAUGGGUCACUUGAGCAGGAUUCCAUUGCCUCUAGCCCUGUGGUAUUUGAGUGAAUGCAUCUACACUAUACAACAGUUUGUGAUGUACAGAAGUACUGAUAACCAUAAAAAAUCCUAUAAUGAAAUUAUUAUGUAACAGGCUCAACAUUUUAAAAAGCUAUUGGCUACUGGCUGGCAGUGGCAAGUCAAUUUUAACCCUGUCUAGUAGCAUAGGACUUAGAAUUUCGAGCCCUGUUGUAACUAUUAAAUAAAUCACACACACUACCAUGAUGUUACCGCAAGUGCAACACACCUACUGGCAGAAAAUGUAUCUCCUCUUACUGGACUUCUAGGGUUAAUAAACCAGUUAAAUUGAAUUGAAAAUAUUAGACUUUAAUAGAGUGUGAAAUAUCCGUAAUGUAGAGGUUAACCCCUUAAGGACGGAUUUACUAUCCUAUAUGUACGCCUAACACAACAUUACAUGUGAAAGAAAUUAAAAAAGGGUACAAAUUAGAAAAACAAACACCUUUUUACAUAUAAGAAUUUUCCUCACGUAUAGUGGCAGUACUGUAACAAGUGGGUUGUAUCUUCUCCAGUGGACAAGAAGCUUCCCCCCCAAAUUUAAAUAUUCAAUUAAGAGCCCCCCUGCUGCUUCCCUUAUAACUCCUGUACCUCCAAGGUUCCCCCACUUCUUCUUAUCCCGGCACACGGGACAGACAGGCUCCUCCAGGCAUAGGUGAAAAGAAUAUCGGUGCGGUCAGCACAGGCUGCUGGCCGUGGAGGUGAGUGCCCGAAAGCUACCAACGGAGCUGAGCGGCAGAGGCUUCCAUUGCGUUGCGUUAUGGAACGCAACUAGUAGCCUGCUUAUGUGGCCAGUUCCUGGGAGGUCCUUGGCGGGCCUCCCACAUUACAGGACGGGCCAAUGCGCACAGCAGUGGAACACACGCCCAGAAGGCGUUUGAGUUCCACUGAACUUUCGAUCGCGCUACAGCACAUGCGCCGAUCGGAAUUUUGUACAUUUGGCACUAAAUUCGAAAUUACAAGGUGGGGUGGUUGCAAGAACAGGUACUUCAUGUUACCAGCUCUCCUACACAGAGGUGAUGUUUUUGAGGUGGGAAUUUACUUUAAAUCUCCCUUGAAAACUUAACCUUUAUCGCAUACCUCCUAAGUUAGAAAAUUAGUUGUUUUUUUUGUUUGUCUACAGAAUAUGUCCAGUCCUGCUUCACAGAAUAAAGCUGAGAAAGAUGAGACGUCAGCUCCUAUCCCUAAAAAGGCCAUGAGCAAAACAAAAUAUUUGUGUUGCUCAGAAUGUAGGGUGUCUCUACCUGACGUGUGGAGAAAAAAGACUUGUAAUCAGUGCUUGACAGAAUUGGUCGAAAAAUCCAAGCAAAAGGAAAUGACCUAGUUUCAGGUGAAUUUAUCCCAGACCUUCAAGUCCUUUAAAGAUACUAUUAAAAAAGACAGUGGGUCUGUUUAUAUUCAAGACAGACCGGUAAAGAAACGAAGGAGAGAAAGAUCCCCAUCCCUGUCUGAGCUCUCAUCAGGUGAAUGUUCAUCUUCCCUUUCGGAGGUUUCCAGUCUGGCAUCAAGUGUGGAUGAGGGAUUUUCACCAGAGAAAUUGAAGACAUUUAUCAGGGAAGUAUCGGCGGUUGUUCAGGAAAUUGUACCUACCAAGGGUAAGGUAAAAGGUUUACCUAUGCGCCCAAGGGUUAUGGAACUGCUGUAGAGGGAGUGGGAAAAACCCAGAAAGACGUGCUUUCAUUUCUAAGCACUUCAAACAACUGUUUAAACUACAGACAGAGGUAGAACUUCCUAAAGUCGAUAUCCAGGUGGCACAAUUAUCAAAGAAAACCACAAUCCCAAUUGGUGAGGUUUCUGGUUUAAAAGAUCCCGUGGACAAGUGGGCAGAAACAGCACGCGGCCUGAAAUAUUCUCCUGCUCGAUAUCAGUGCAAAGCCGGAAUCGCUGGUUCAGCAUUUCUGAAAGCCAAGGGCAUGUGGUUACAAACCUUAAAAAGAAUCCCUUAUGAGAAAACCAGAGAAAGACCCAGCCCAGCUGUUGUUUCUUGUGAAACCUUCUAAUAAAUUUCUAUCGGAUGUCUCUGAUGAGAUGCUUCGAUUAUCGGCUCGGAUAAUGGGUUUAUCCUCGAUGGCCAGAAGAGCCUUAUGGCUCAGACUGUGGACUCUGCUUCAAAACUACCUUUAUGUGAACUCCCUUUCGAGAGGAACAAAUUAUUUGGCACUUCUCUGGAAGAAAUUAUUAAACAUAUGUCUGAAACCAAAAAGGCAUUACCUCAGGAUUCCAGAUAUUCAGAAUCUCAAGCCAAAAAAAGAUAUCAGCUCACUGGACAGCUACCAUUAAAAUUGUUGGAGAAUUUGCAAGUAAUAUGGAGACACAACUCAAUAACAAAGACAAAAAGAAGAGAUCUUGACGCCAAAAGAAUGGGAGGUCGUCUUCGGGUUCAUUUCUCAGAAGUGGAAGGAGACGACAACAAACAAUUGGAUUAUAAAGACCAAUAGCUUUUUCUUCCUAUGUCAAAGCAAAAAAGAAUUAUAAAGGCAGUUUUAAGCUUAAAAAAGAAAAAAGUUUGCACUAUCAGACAGGCCAUGAGUGUCCUGGGACUUCUCACCUCUGCAAUCCCAGCGGUUGGAUAGGCAAAAGCAGAAAUCAGACCUUUACAAUGGAACAUUCUGGCGGAAUGGUCAAGAAAGAAGGAAGAUUUGUAUGCAGUUAUCUGCCUGUCAAGCACAAUAAGAAAACAACUAAAUUGGUGGAAAAAUGCAGACAGCCUUUCCAGAGGCUUUUCAUUCGAACAGAAAAGAUGCAUUACCAUCACAACAGAUGCCUCCCAAACUGGUUAAGGUGCCCAUCUAGAUUCACAGUUCAUUCAGGGGAGAUGGAUUUCGAAAGAAGCAAGAGUCCUCAAACUUCGGAGCUCUGAAGGCAGUUAUUAAUGCUCUGGUAGCUUUCAGUCCUGUCAUUGCAGACCAAGUCGGAAGGAUUCAGUCUGACAACGCCACCACUGUUGCUUACUUAUACCGUCAAGGAGGCACAAAAGUAAAUUCUCUACAGGAUCUGUGUUACCGUAUCAUGUCUUGGGCACAGUCAAAAGUAGCUCUCAGAAACUCAUAUCAGAGGUACUCAGAACGUCAUCGCAGAUGACCUCCGCAGACAACGUUGGUCUCAAGCGGAUUGAUCUCUAAAACCCCAGAUGUUCUCUAGACUGGCUUUCUGAUUCUGCUUACCAGACAUCGAUCUUAUGGCCACAAGAAAAAACAGGAAAGUCCCACGCUUUGCUUCUAUCCAGGCAAUGAAUUUUCCAGACUUCCUAGACGGCUUGUCCCUCACCUUGAACUUCAACAUGGGAUAUGUUUUCCCUCCAGUAGCCUUGAUACCAAGGAUAAUUCAAAAGAUCAGAUGGGGAAAAAGCAAGGGUUCUAGCCAUUGUUCCCUUAUGGCCAAACCGAAGCUGGUUUUCCAGAGCGUAUGACACUUUCACGCUGGGUUUUUCCAAUUUCAAGCAACUUCAUAGAGAAUUAUCUUCCAUAUCUUCAAGAAGAGACCCUGGAAAUGUUCAAACUGACGGCGUGGAUGCUGCAAGGAUGAUCCUCCAUGAGCAGGGACUUUCAGACAAAUUGAGAGAGGUUAUUUUGGCAUCUGUCUGUUCAUCAACGUCCAAGAUUUAUCUUAGGAUUUGGCUAAAGUUUGUGAACUAGUGUGUUCUGAAAGGCUGCGUUCCAGUUAAUUCCUCCUGUUAUGGUCCUGACUGCUUCACAUAUGAGAUCAUACAACCUUGCUUUAUUGCUGAGCAUUUACUGUAUGAUCAAUCUUAUUAUAACUGACAGGAACACAGCAGUAAAACAUCCUCUGUGCAGCACUGCAUAACUCAAAAUCCUCCCCUCUGCCUGUAAUACAAUUACCUUACACAAUGGGUAAUCUAAUUAUCACAGACAGAGAAAUACAGUUUCAUAAAACACAUCACAGGAACCCCAAAACAUGCAAUAACCCCAUAAAAAGUAUAUCCUUGGAACCGGGGGAUCUGGGUGAACACACAUCCGAAAUUCACCCAGAUCCAUUCAGUACUUUGGAAGAUACAGUUUAAUGCAGAUUCUGCAGAACAUAUACAGACUAAAUGAAAAACAAUCACUGUAUAAUGUGUCCCCUGCUGUAUAGUCCAAAACCACUGCAUGAUGUCUCUGUGCACCAAACACUGGCGAGAUGGCACCGUGUUGAAAAGUCCAAACGUGUCUGUGAGUUAAAAUGGCCGCCAUCCAUUGUUCUCACCAUGUGCUUCAUCCAUUGUUAUCACCAUGUGCCUCUGAUACAGGAAAUGGUGGCCACCCAGUAACUCCACAGUAUGUCCCCAGAUGGUUCUUAAAGGGCCAGCAGCAGCACAACACAAAUCCAUUAUGCCCAAAUCAUGUCUUUAAAGGGCAAUACAUCCCAGGGGCCAUAGUCACAUGGCAGGAGGCUGGCAAUCAGUCUUCUCCAAUGCCCAGUGGCGAAGUCGGUUUCGCCACAAUGGCGUUGGGGACGGCCACCAGCAAUCAAUGUGUCAGAGGUAGCAGGACAGGAAAAAUGGGAAGGUGCUUGGUUCAAGGUCGGGAAAAUGGGUUCAGGGGCAUGAGAACCCUCACACCCAGAAGCACAGGCCACCCCUGUAGGUGCAUUCACUGGAUUUGGGCUUAGGAAGCUUUUGGGUAAAGAAUUCAGGUAAGCGGCAGCGGGACCGGAACUGGUCGGCAUGUAGUCUGGUAAUGGAACCAUCUUCCAGGUGAACUCUGUACAUCUCAUCUUGGGUCCCAAAGGUUCCACAAUUGUGGCAGGAAGCCACUGAGUGUUGGAGGAUCCAUAAGAUCGAGUCCAGACUCUAAAAGUGGGAGACUCUUGGGAGGUUACCAUCUUGUCUUGGGAGUGCAAUACAUGGUCAUGAACAGUUUUAGGACGAAGCAUGUCAAAAGCAGUCCAUGGCCGUUGGCCAAGAAGAAGCUCAGCUGGUGUUGUACCAGUUGUAGCAUGUGGUGUUGUUCUGUAAGCAAAGAGAAAAGAGUCUAACUUCUGAGGAGAUAUGGACCUCUGGCUAGUUGAAGGCACUGUGGCCUUGAAGUAGUUCUUCAUAGUUUGCACAAACCGUUCUGCUUAACCAUUGGUCGCUGGGUGGUAAAUCGCAGUUAACUUGUGCUUUAUGUUAUUACACAGUAGCAAAACUCUGAAAUUCAUGGCUCGUGAAUUGGGCCCUGUGACGAGACCAAUCUCGCCACUGUGCAUUGGAGGAGCCUAGUUGCCUGCCUGCUGCCUUUUGACUAUGGACCGGCAUUUAAAUACUUUAUUUUCUAUGCAGAAAGGUCUAUUCAUGUAUUUCUGCCCGGGCGUUCGGUAGAUUCUGUCUACCGAACAAACAGCCGUCUAUUGGCCUCCCAGGAAUCACAGUUAGCUGGCAGGCGCCGUUAAUUGGCCGUCCAGAAGCUGCGGUUAACCGCAGCUUAAUUGACUAUACCGGGUGGCCACGGCUACGCAUACUGAACACUGGAUGGCAGCCGUCUGCAGUUCACACGUGGCCGGUUCAUUCACAGAUUUACUGAAUGAACUCAUUUAACCCAGAUAGCUAUGCCAUGGAGCCUAUUCAUGUAAUAAAAGACUUUGGCUCCAUGGCAAUUGAACUGUAUGUGUGUGGUCUGAGCGCCAUUCAGUAAUAAUGUGCGCUCAGACCUAAGCUAUCUUGGGAUAUGUUGCAUGUCUGUAUUUUAUGUAAUAAAUGUAACCUUGUGUAUUUUAUUGUAUUUUACUGUCUUUUUACUGCCAUGUGCUUAAUGGAGUUUUGCCUCUGUCCUUGGAGAUAAUUGGAUUACUUCCCAGUUAUCUCCAGGAUAGAGAGGAGGGAUUGUGAUGUAAUAAUGGGAGUGUUUUACUGUGUAUUACGUGUUUAUUGGUUGUUUUACAAAACCCUGUGGGUGGUACUAAUGUUUAAGAAUGUGUAUAUAAGAACAAUAAACUCACAACUCUGUCUGUUCACUGCUUGACCCUCAACACGACCCUUGUCUCGUUCUUGGGGGGAUUUACUGUAUGCCGUUAGAGACUGAUUGCCAGUAGUGUUAGCCGCUUGGGUGCUUUUCCUGUUCAGCUUCUAGCAGCUAUUCGUGAGGUUCCAGUUUGGGAGUUUGGAGUGCUACUUUGUAUCCUGUUUGGGAGUUUGGGGUUCUGCGGUAGCUGUGUCUUUGUCUCUGGAAGGGGAACAUCUUCUAAACGGUGGUUUAACCCCUUUUAUGUCUGGGGGGUGCCGUUACAGGCCCCAUUAUCUGUAACAAUCUCCCUGAGAUAACCAAAUGUGGCAAAAAGGUGCAAUAAUAUGGCAAUCAUGGCUUUUGCAGUCGGCUGGGUUAUUGGAAAGACCUCAGACCCUUUCGAGUUGGCGUCAAUUAUAAUCAAGAAGGUCUGCCCUUUUAUUGGACCUGAAAAAUCCAAGUGAAGGCGAAACCAAAGAACCAUGGGCCAAGUCCAGGGCUGAAUACUUCCUUUGGGAGGGUCUCUUGCAGCUUGUGCACAUCCUAUACAAGCAUUGACAUAUGCUGUUAUCUAAGCAUCUAUGUUAGGCCACCACAUGUACCCUCGUGCUUUCUGUUUCAUCCGUGUGGUACCAGGAUGACCAGUAUGUAGCCAGUCAAAGAUAUGUCUCUGGGAGGGAUUUUGGAAUGGUCACUCGUUCUCCCCAUAAGACACAAUUGUCAUUCACAGCCAAUUCCAUUCGCUUCCGGUAGUAAGGUUCGUAAUCUUCUGUAAUAGUCGCUGGGCAGCCAGUUUGUGUAAACGAAAACACAGAUUUCAGAACAUUAUCCUUCACCGUAUGGGCUGCUAUCUCUCCAGAAGUCAGUAGGUGUGUGGUGGUGUACCUACAAGUCUUGACAGCUGAAGAAGAAUCUGGAAGCUGUCAAGCGGGACAUUGCAUUGGCAUUGGCAUUAGCAUCAUGGCUUCGAUAUUGUAUGCGGUAGCUAUACGCGCCCAAGAACAGGGCAUAGGGCUGAAGACCGGCUGCAGUUGUCUGGGAGAUCCCUUUGUCUGGACUAAAUAUCUGAAGUAGAGGUUUAUGAUAUGUUAAUAUGGUGAACUCUCUACCAUAGCGGUAAAGGUGAAACUUCCGAAUUGCCCAUAUCAAUGCAAGUGCCUCUUUAUCAGUCUGAGAGUAGUUGCGUUCUGUCUUUGUCAAUGAUCUCGAGGAGAAAGCCACUGGUUUCUCAGAACCAUCUUGUAGGAGGUGGGAAAGUACAGCACCCAGACCAUAAGGCGAGGCGUCGCAAGCCAAUGUGAGAGACUUGUGGAGGUCGUAGUGUACAAGCAUACGUGAGCCCAAUAGUUUGUUUGGAGACCAUCUGGAGUGUUUCUCUAAAAGCUUAUGCAGUGGGAACAAGGUGUGAGCCAGGUCUGGGAGAAAUUUAUUAUAGCAGUUGAGGAGGCUAAGGUACGAUUUGGGCAGCAUAAAUUUGUGUUUUGCCAAGUUCACCUUGAGACCAUGGACCUGAAGUCUUUGUAAAACCUGUUCUACAUUCUGUUUGUGUUCUUGGUCCGUUCGACCAGUGAUGAGCAUGUCAUCUAAUAGACACUGUGUGAAGGGAAUGUCUGCUAAGAUUGCAUCCAUCUUCCUCUGCCAGAUGGCUGGUGCAGGUGCUAUGCCAAACACCAUCCGGUUGUAUUCGUACAAGCCUUUGUGAGUGUUAAUGGUAAGGUAUUUUCAGGAAGAAGGGUGGAUCUCAAACUAUAGAUAGGCUUGUCGGAGAUCAGUCUUAGUGAACUUCUGUCCCCCAGCAAGUGAAGCGAAGAUGUUAUCUACUCUGGGUAGAGGAUACUGGUCUACAUCCAGUUGAGUAUUCAGUACCAUGCGUAAUUCCCCAUUUGAUUUCUUUACUGGCACAACAGUAAAUAGCUCUACCUUGGAAAUGACACCCUGUUCUUCUAGCCGGAUGAGUUCUGCUUCCAAUCCUGCUCGAAGGGCAAAUGGUACUGUCUGGGCCUUGAAGAACCUAGGUUGGGCAUCCAGUUUUAACUUGAGCUUCAAGGGUUCUUGAUGAUGUCUGGCAUUCCCAGAUGAGCAAUUCAAUCUCUACCAAAGAGAGGUGGUCCUCCGUGUUUCAAAGUAUAUAUUGGUAGUCUCUUUGUCUGACCCUUGUGUGAUACCUCUACCUUUGCACAACCAACUGGGUGGAGGACUGGCAUGGAAUAUGUCUGCAGCUUGAUUGGGGUUUGGCGGAUAGUUGUCUGUAUAUGUAGUUGUCUCCAGUGUUUUUGUGGGAUAACUGAAACUGCCGCUCCUGUAUCAACAUCCAUCUUUAAUGCCUUUCCUUCAAUGGUUACUUCUUCCAUCAUUGCAGGGUUUGAAGAGUGUAGGCGAUGUAUAGUUAAAGGACCACUCUAGGCACCCAGACCACUUCAGCUUAAUGAAGUGGUCUGGGUGCCAGGUCCUUCUAGGGUUAACCCAUUUUUUCAUAAUUAUAGCAGUUUCAGAGAAACUGCUAUAAUUAUGAAUGGGUUAAGCCUUCUAUCCUCUAGUGGCUGCUCAUUGCCAGUUACUAGAGGCGCUUGCUUCUCACUGUGCACAGUGCACGCCAGCGCGAGGAAGGCAUUGUAAAUGCCCUGCGAGCUGAAUGCGCGCUGCCGCUUGCAUUCAGCCGGGCGGCGGAGGAGGAGAGCUCUCCCGCCCAGCGCCAAAAGGUAAGUUUUACCCCUUUUCCCCUUUCCAGAGCCGGGCGGGAGGGGGUCCCUGAGGGUGGGGGCACCCUCAGGGCACUAUAGUGCCAGGAAAACGAGUAUGUUUUCCUGGCACUAUAGUGGUCCUUUAAUCUGUGCAAUGGUUCAUUGUCUGACUCAGAUGAAGAGGUAGGUUUCUCUACCCUGUAUGUUUUCUUCUUGUUUUUCCCGUACAUUCCUACUACGACAGAUUUGUCCUAGCUGGCCCAUUUUUCCGCAGUAGUGGCAAGGUUGGUCUUUAAAUCUACAUGUUUUGGAACCAUGGUCUGUAUUACCACACCGGUAGCAAGCUGGCUUGGUCUGGGUGUGAAUCUGUAUUUGCAGUUGGCCGUAGCUGGUGUGACUGCCGCUCUGAAGACUUCUUUUACUCUCCAGAUGAACAGGUGGAGACCAGUUUGCGAAUGGCUACCACAUAUGCUUUAAUAUCUUCCCCUGACUGCUGCUGCCGUUGGUAAAAGCAGAAUCUUUCUGCAAUUUCCAGUGGGUUGGGCUGGAAAUGAUCCUCUAAUAGUUUUAGCAGUUCCACCAGUAUUUUGCUUGCUGGUUUAUCAAGGAAAGGAAGGUCACUUACAGUGUCAUAUGUUUUAGCUCCCACCAGUGUCAGGAAUACAGCUACCUGCCGUUCAGGGGCUAUGGUGUUUGCACUGAAGUAAUGCUCUAAUCUUUCUGUCCAGGAUCUUUGCUCCCCAUCAAACUCACAGUGCCAUGUCCUGGCUGGAUGCUGUGUGGCUGGCUGUAUGUAGUGAGAUUACCUCUUAUUUUCUAAUGCAGGCUUGGUAGGGCCUUUGUACAUCCCAUCUUCGUCGCCACUGUUAUGGUCCUGACUGCUUCACAUAUGAGACCAGUAGUUUUAUACAACCUUGCUUUAUUGCUGAACAUUUACUGUAUAAUCAGUCUUAUUAUAACUGACAGGAACAUAGGAGUAAAACAUCCUCUGUGCAGCACUGCAUCACACUCACAUACUCAAGAUGACUGCCAUGCUCUCUGACCUGUGAGUCAUCACAGGGGUAGAGCCACUAGUUAAAGUGAGAGGGCAGUGUCCUACAUUCCAGGUAUAACACAUACCUAAUAUUCUGUCUUUUCUGCAGGAUGGGUUUCUAGCUGGUGUAGGUGUAUCAACACUUAAAGUCCAGAUUUCAUCCUUGAGUCACUUCCUUGUGUCCUUGUGCAUGAUGUAGCUUCCAACCGUCAUAUCCGCAGAUAUUUUAAGUCAAUCUUGCUGAAACGACCUCCUAAGCUUUCAACUUUUCCUACCUAGGAUUUUUCGUUGGUCAUUCAGGCUCUUUGUGAACCUCCAUUUGAACCAUUACAGGAUGAUUCUUUGAAGAUGCUGUCACUCAAGACUAUAGUCUUAGUGGCUGUAACUUCCGCAAAGAGGAUAGGAGAACUGCAGACUCUUUCUUCAGCAUCUGAGUUUACCAUUUCCCACCAAGACAAAAUGAUCUUGAAUCCCAGGCCUUACUUUUAACCUAAAGUUAUUUCAAGGAAAUCUAUGGGCCAGCCCAUUGUUUUGCCUUCCUUUUGCCAGUCUCAAUCUUCACAGUUGGAAAGAAAGUGGCAUCUUCUAGAUGAUCUUUGGAAAUCUAGCUUCGGAGGUCACAGGACUUUAGAAUCUCAGACCACCUUUGUCACAUUUCAAGGCUCUAGUAAAGGUAGAGAAGCCUUCAGACCUACAAUUGCCAGGUGGUUAACAGAAGCUAACAAAUUGGCUUAUGAAACCCAUGGUACUCCCCUCAAGUUUCCAUUAAAGGCACACUCCACGAGGGCGAUGGCUACUUCCUGGGCAGAAAAAUGUGCAGCUUCCCCUGAAGACAUCUGUAAGGCGACUACUUGGUCUUCAUUCCAUACCUUCAUAAAACAUUAUAGGCUGGACAUAUUCUCUUCCUCUGAAGCUGCUUUUGGGCAAAUGGUGCCUCAAGCAGUAGCCUACUGAAUUCCCACCCUAUUUUGUUUCAGGGAUCUUGCUAUAUCCCACUUAUUACAGUACUUCCACUAUACGUGAGGAAAAACAGUAAUUUUACUUACUGUAAAUUCCUUUUUCCUUAGUAUAGUGGCAGUACUGCCAUAUCGCUCCUCUUUUUUUGUAUGGAUUAAAUUAUUUAGUUUAUGGUCUCUGGUUCUUUUGGGUUUUUUUUUUCUCGUUUUUUUUAUUCUUUAUUUUUCAUGCGAGCAAGGCAAAGACAUAUGACAGUAAUGACAUGUUACAGAAUGAUAUAACAUAGGUAAUGCAAGGCGUCAUGGAUUUACAGUUCGCAUCUUUUGUAAGGUAAAUGAGCUGAGAAGUCAUAACGAGGGAUGUGGGUUGAACUUGGGAGAGUGUGGACCACUCAUCUGUGUGUGUUAACAGCACCACCGUCUGUGAACUUCUGGCCUUGGAGAUAUAGAGGCCUGGAUGUGGUGACUAUAUGUCAUCGGUGUUCCUUGACCUUUGGGAUUAGUGGUGAGUGUGUUCUUAGGCGUGAAAAUUUUGUAAUCUAGUCUGUAUAGAGUACUAUUUUAGUUGUGCCGUUGGAAGGUUUUGUGCAGUUGCCAGUUCUCUGGUUAGUAGAGGGUACUUCGGUUGGCAUGGCAAAUAUCACUUUGGUUUGUGAAGUGGUGUGUGCUAGAGAAUGAUGCCUAUAUUAAACUGGACUAGGAAAUGUUAUUUGGUGCAGUCGGUUUGUAGAUUACUAGUGGUGGAGGUCUAGUCGAGUAGGAGCCUUAGUUGGUCAGAAGGCCUAGAUGAACCAUCUUAGGGAUAGUGUCGCUAUUUGGUUGUGUGUGGAUCGUGAGGGAUGCGCUCCUAUAAUAGUAAAACCCUGUAUCCAUGGGGUGAUGAGGGGGAGGUGUUUUGGCACCGGAGCAUUAAAGCUUAUUGUAGGGAAAUUUGUGCGUUGCAAUGCAAUAUUUAGCAAGUAAAUCAUAUUAAAAUGAGCAAAAAAUAAAGAAAGCAUAAUAUAUAAGUAACUUAAACAACUGAGUUGGUGAAUGGGGUGUCAUAGCAGACCGCAACGGUUAACUUGUAGAAGGGCUGGUGUUGCUGAGAGUUGUCUCAGGUUGUGGUUCCUCCCGUUACCCCGGGUCUGGUGCGAGCUGUGGUGCUUGUGCUCUGUGGUUGUGGGUUAGGCGUUGGCAUAGAGUUCUCAUGUUGUUGGGGGAGUCCCAAUGCUGCCAGCAAGGCUGGGCCCUCUCUUGGAUCAGUGGCUUUAUAGUGUUUACCUUCUUUCGUCACCCAUAUUGCCCCAGGUGUUGCCCAUCUGUAAGCAAUUCCAGCUAGUCUAGUAAUUGAUUGCAUAUUCUUGCGCCACAGUAACGUAGCCCUGCUUAAGUCCUGAAAAACUCAGAGUUGGCACGAUUCAAAUUCAAAGGGGGUUUUUCCCUGCAAAGCAGCCAGCAGUCCCAGUUUGUCUGUCAUAGUUUGGCACCGCAAGAUAAGGUCCCGUGGUGUUGUGGGGGGGCUUGUGGGGAUUUAGAGGUCCUGUAGAUUCCGUUGAAUGAGAAGGCUUUGGCUUGUCUCGUUGGCAGUACUGCCGCCACUAGGCGUCUGAUAAAGUUAGGUAGUUCUUCUAGUGGUAUGGAUUCCCUGACCCCUCUUAUCUUGACAUUCUUGCUUCUGCCCCUGUCAUCAAGUAUGUUGACUUGCCUGGCCAUGGUUGCCUGAGUGGCUUGCAGUAGUCUUACUGUCCCCCAAGGUGUUUAGGUCGUUAGUCUUUAACCUCUUCUUCGGUAGCCUGGGUGCGUGUGGUCACCACUUGACCUUUGGUAGUUAGUACAGCCAGGUCUGCUUCCCACAUUUUCCUGAGGCUGUGCUGUAGGCCUGUCAGCCGGUGUACAGCCCUGUGGGAGCUCUUGAGGUCUGGGGCUCUGUAAGGGGCUGUCAUGUGGGUCCCCCGUUUCUGAUGGCUGUGGGGAGGCCUCUCAGGGAGACAGGGCCUGCAGCACAUUAGGCGUUUGUAGCAUUUGGCCUAUAUCCUGCUGUGUCUUCAGGGUGAUUGGGGGCGGUUUGUGCAAUCUGCGACCCAUCUCACCUUCGGUAAAUGUACCUAGUGGUGUCUCCUCCGGACUGAAAGUACUCCACGGCCAGAGCCCUCCGGCAAAGUCUCCCUGCUGCCUUACUGCCUCAGUGUCUGGUUUUUGCGCCCAGUGACUUAAAGAACGGCAUCUGCCGGAUCUGUGAAAUUCUCUGCCACCUAUGGCGUGUCGGGUUGCCGGGUAUUUUGCAAGUCCUGAUAUUUGGCUGAUUAAGGUACGGUUUCUCGGAGCUUGGGGAAAUGGCUGUAGCGGAACGCCAAUAUUAAAUCCACGAAUUCCGCUGGGUCAGGAAGUAAUCCACAGUCAAGCGCUGGAAAAAGCAAGGCAAUAUCCCAAACCUCCCAGUAACCGGACGAAACACAGUUCUGAGAGUCAACUGAGGUCUUUAUUUUCAGCUCCACAAUUUAUACAAGUCCCCAUGCCAAGGGGUUUCCUGAGUCCCCUCCCAGGGGCAUUCCCAGAGGGGACUACAUGGGGGACUUACUGUACAGGGCUUUUCUCCCAUCAGGCACUGCUGCACGAAAGGGAUCCUCCCACAGGAAUGUACCGUUAAGUGGAUUAUCCCUCCGUGCAGCAGAACCGACAAUUUACAUUAAAAUCCAUAACUCUUUGAAUAUGCAGUUCAUUUAAAUGAAUGGACGUUCGGUAGAUAGCUGGGGUCUGAGCGCAUCAUUCGUGAGAUUACCGCUCAGAUCCCAGCUAAACCAACCGAACGCCGCACGAAAAACACAUUCAUUAAAAUACAGGUUCAAAAUACCGAUUGCCUUCCAGGGAACAAAAUACCGAACGGCCUGGAAGCUCAGCGGUGUUCGCGCCGUCGAGUAGCCGUUUUUAGUACCAUGCGCUCGACGACCAAACAUCGCUGAGGGAACAAAGGAUCCAAGAUGGCCGACCACCGCAUGGUCGGUAGUCGAACGGCGGCCACCUAGGAGAGCCUCUAAUUACCGAUUGCAACAUUGUUGCAAUCCGUUAACAAGUGCCACACGCCUCUAAGUGUGUGGGCUACUACAUGGGGGUAUUUUCGGUUCACGAACGGCCCGCAAAAGUGCCGUUCGUGAAACGAAAGAAAAUACAAUACAUACAACUAUCUGCAUUCGGCAGAUAGCCCAUACAGCACAUACACGUUAAUUACAACCAGCAUACAUUCUACAUAGUUAAGCACAUAUCCCACAACCAUACAGGCAACCCUUAAAGGCACAGUCUCUUUAUAGUGUCCAAGUGGCUAUGUUUGCCACAAUGGCGUCUGCUCUGGUGUGCUGCUAGGCUCCACCCCCUGGUUCUUUUUAAUGACUGGGGAGCCUUGGAGGUACAGGGGUAAUAAGGGAAGCUGCACGCGGGAUCUCAAUUGAAUAUUUAAAUUUGAGGGAGAGCUUCUUGUCCACUGGAGAAGAUACAACCCACUUGUUACAGUACUGCCACUACAGGGAGUGCAGAAUUAUUAGGCAAGUUGUAUUUUUGAGGAUUAAUUUUAUUAUUGAACAACAACCAUGUUCUCAAUGAACCCAAAAAACUCAUUAAUAUCAAAGCUGAAUAUUUUUGGAAGUAGUUUUUAGUUUGUUUUUAGUUAUAGCUAUGUUAGGGGGAUAUCUGUGUGUGCAGGUGACUAUUACUGUGCAUAAUUAUUAGGCAACUUAACAAAAAACAAAUAUAUACCCAUUUCAAUUAUUUAUUAUUACCAGUGAAACCAAUAUAACAUCUCAACAUUCACAAAUAUACAUUUCUGACAUUCAAAAACAAAACAAAAACAAAUCAGUGACCAAUAUAGCCACCUUUCUUUGCAAGGACACUCAAAAGCCUGCCAUCCAUGGAUUCUGUCAGUGUUUUGAUCUGUUCACCAUCAACAUUGCGUGCAGCAGCAACCACAGCCUCCCAGACACUGUUCAGAGAGGUGUACUGUUUUCCCUCCUUGUAAAUCUCACAUUUGAUGAUGGACCACAGGUUCUCAAUGGGGUUCAGAUCAGGUGAACAAGGAGGCCAUGUCAUUAGAUUUUCUUCUUUUAUACCCUUUCUUGCCAGCCACGCUGUGGAGUACUUGGACGCGUGUGAUGGAGCAUUGUCCUGCAUGAAAAUCAUGUUUUUCUUGAAGGAUGCAGACUUCUUCCUGUACCACUGCUUGAAGAAGGUGUCUUCCAGGAACUGGCAGUAGGACUGGGAGUUGAGCUUGACUCCAUCCUCAACCCGAAAAGGCCCCACAAGCUCAUCUUUGAUGAUACCAGCCCAAACCAGUACUCCACCUCCACCUUGCUGGCGUCUGAGUCGGACUGGAGCUCUCUGCCCUUUACCAAUCCAGCCACGGGCCCAUCCAUCUGGCCCAUCAAGACUCACUCUCAUUUCAUCAGUCCAUAAAACCUUAGAAAAAUCAGUCUUGAGAUAUUUCUUGGCCCAGUCUUGACGUUUCAGCUUGUGUGUCUUGUUCAGUGGUGGUCGUCUUUCAGCCUUUCUUACCUUGGCCAUGUCUCUGAGUAUUGCACACCUUGUGCUUUUGGGCACUCCAGUGAUGUUGCAGCUCUGAAAUAUGGCCAAACUGGUGGCAAGUGGCAUCGCGGCAGCUGCACGCUUGACUUUUCUCAGUUCAUGGGCAGUUAUUUUGCGCCUUGGUUUUUCCACACGCUUCUUGCGACCCUGUUGACUAUUUUGAAUGAAACGCUUGAUUGUUCGAUGAUCACGCUUCAGAAGCUUUGCAAUUUUAAGAGUGCUGCAUCCCUCUGCAAGAUAUCUCACUAUUUUUGACUUUUCUGAGCCUGUCAAGUCCUUCUUUGACCCAUUUUGCCAAAGGAAAGGAAGUUGCCUAAUAAUUAUGCACACCUGAUAUAGGGUGUUGAUGUCAUUAGACCACACCCCUUCUCAUUACAGAGAUGCACAUCACCUAAUAUGCUUAAUUGGUAGUAGGCUUUCGAGCCUAUACAGCUUGGAGUAAGACAACAUGCAUAAAGAGGAUGAUGUGGUCAAAAUACUCAUUUGCCUAAUAAUUCUGCACUCCCUGUAUACUAAGGACAAAAGAAUUUACGGUAAGUAAAAUUACUGCUGUUUUUACACAUUCAAUGCAACCAGUUAUAAAGAACUCAAAAUAGAUUCAUAUAUCAGUUCUGUUAAAUGCCUCCAGUUAUCCACUGAUAUUUGGGCUGCCUGGUAUGAGAAGGGAUUUAACCCUGCUCCAACCAAAUCUGCAGGGUAUUCCAUGCCUUCCUACGGAUAUUUAAGCCCACUUUGUGUAGGACAGCAAGGAACGUGCCAACAUCAUUAAGGGGUUAAAAUAAGCAAGAUGGUUUGGAAAACACAACAGUGACAUUAGACAUCAAAAGAUCACCCUUAUUUGCAGCAGAUAUAUAUUUUUCGCAAAAUGCAAAACCACUUUGACGAGAGACCCUGAUUGUAAACGUGUUUUGUUGUUUGUAUCCCAAAAUUACUUGCUUACUGUUACCCAGUUGGAUUGAAGCAAUUGCAUGCCAAAUACUGAUGUAAUUCCACAUUCUUAUAUGUUAAUUAUAUUGUAUUGCCUGGAUCUACAGUUAUGAAUGUUCCCAUAUAUCUUUUUUUCCUAAAUGUUUUGGUUAUGUCUUUUUUUUUUUCCUCUGUAUAUUUUCAAAUGUUCUAAAAUCAAAUGACUUCAAAAGACUUUAGAAAUGGAACCUUCCCUUUUUCAUUUUUGACCACUGACUGCCAUAGCAACCACAUCUUUGAGGCUGACUGCAAAUAAGCUUAAUCAAACUGUUGCAGUGUCUGUAAACCCCCCACCCCUCCAAAAAAAAUUAUAUCCUUUUGGGAAUAUAUCAGUACAGGGUAGAUUUUAUUAACAAGAGCAGCAUUUAUAGCAAAUGGGUUAGAAGAAACUCCUUUUAAAUAUGUUCAUGAGUUGAGUCUUUUGGUUCUUUUGAGUAGGUUCAUGCCAAAUGGAUUUUGGAUACAGACUCUUUCAACGAAUGGAUGAAUGAGGAAGACUAUGAAGUGAAUGAUGAGAGGAGCCCGGUUACUCGCCGUAAGAAAAUAUCUGCCAAGACCUUGACUGAUGAGGUAAUCAAAUUCUUAACUUCCUGAUAUAUGCCUUUUUAUAGAACAAUGUUGUUGGAUAACCACAUCCAUCGUAGGGGACUAAAGGUCAUUUAAGUGGUUCAAGUACAAUAUCUGAAGAGCCUUGGUAUCCAACCGUUGCCACAUGAAUUGGGUUUAAAUCCAUGAUUCCAUAUCUUAUUCUUACUCUCAAUAGUUGCAGGCAUUAUUUCAAUUUUGCAAUACCUUCUUUUGUUUGUUUUUUUACUUUUAAUUUUACAUUAAAAGUUUUGAGGCAAAGGAUGAUAAAAACAAGAGGAAGGAAAGAAAACGAGGGAAUAAGGUGUUACCACACUUUCUCAAAGACCAUUCUCCAAUUUUCUCUCACCAUUCAUAAAGAUUCAGAAAGAACAGAUAUAUUUCUAUACUUGAUGUGUCAUGAGUGCAUUUUUUUUUUUUAAAUAAACCGCAAGUAGAGGUAUAAUUAAAUAGGUUUUACAUUUGAAAUCCCCAUUGACUUUAGUUAAGGUUUAUUUUCAGUAAUCACGCAGUUGUAUAUUAUCAAAAAAACAUGUCCAGAGAGACACUAUCCUGCACGGCAGGGGUAUUUCAGUUCACAAAACAUCAACGAGGUUAAUGGGUGGCUGUGAUAGAACCAUAUUAAAGCUAGUUGUUUUUUUUAAAGCAAAAUUAAUUACUGUAUAUUUUCAGAAGACUUUUGCAAAGUUCAUAUUAUAAUAAAACCGACAGUCAUGUUUUCAGGUUUAGAAUAAAGUUGUUUUUUCAAUGAAGAGAUGUAGAAGUUUUGUAAAGAGACCUCAACUAUUCAUUAAGUGUAGAUUGAUUGUGGGUUUCUUUUAGUUAUAAUUUUCUUUUCCUGUAAGAGAGGCAACCCAUAAUACUUGUUGGAGAUCGGAUGUUCAGGGGAUAGAGGGGAAAUAUUAACUUUUUGUUGCUGCUUAAUGGUAGUAGUCUUUGCUUUAUAUUGUUUGACAUAAAUCUUUAUAAAUUAUUUUGGAAACUUCAGUUGUUUUUGCUUCAUUUGUUGUUCUUUAUCAUGUCUAAAGGUAAGCAGUCCAGACUCCGACCGCAAGGACAAGAAAGGACCUAACUACAAGAAGAGAAAACGCUCACCCUCACCUCCACCCAGUGCAGAGGCAAAAAAGAAAAACGUCAAAAAGGGGUGCGUAAUUGUCCAUAGUAUAUAGUGUAUUUUAAUUAUCUAUAUUGUCUAUUUUGCACUUGCAAGAUGUAAAUAAAAAUUUCUGUUCUACGUGGUGCUAUCAAAUUAUUGGAAAGUUGAAGUUCUAUGACCAGAGAUCUCAUGAAAGCAUCCAGGUACAUUAACCUCGAUUGUGCCUUUAAAUUGAUGAGUGCAGUCGGCACAGUUAUAUUUUAUAGACCAUAUAGGAAGCAUGAUAAAGAUAGGAAAAUGUUGUCAUGUGAUCUGUUAAUUUAUUAAAUUGGCACUCAUAGCACCUUAACUGCUACAGGUCAUUGUAGUGGUUAAGAUACGACAAGUCAAUGGCAGACUAUUAUUAACAUCUAGACUGGAUGCAAUCAAUCUUGAUAAAGUGCAGUUUCUGCAUUAUCAGUUCUGCUUCUAUGAAGUCUAGCAAAAAGAAUCUCUGGGGAACUCAUAAUUUUAUAGCACCACUGAGCAGUAGUGGUGACGAUGCUUUUAGUGUCCUUUUAAUUAAAUAUAACUUUACAUUAUCGUCAUUUCAAAAUGUUCCAUUAGGUGAUCCAUUGCUGUAUGUGACCUCUUUUGCAGGUAGGAUGCUGUACCUUAGCCACUGCUAUCUAUCCAUUCCUUAUAUCAAUAUAUUUUCUGGCAAAGAUAGUCCAGUCAUAGUUUCCUUUUAUGUUGCAUUGCUUUAUUUAUAUAAGUUGGUAAUGUUCCUUGACUGAUGCUGUUGAGACUUUCAUGUUUCAGACCAGCUACUCCUUAUACCAAGUCCAAGCGAGGUCACCGAGAGGAAGAGCAAGAAGAUCUCACUAAGGACAUGGACGAACCCUCUCCUGUUCCUAAUGUGGAAGAAGUUACACUUCCUAAAACAGGUAAAAGUGCCUUCUCAGAUACUUUUCUGUUUUCAUGUCACAUAUGGUAUCAGUUCAUUAGUAGAAAGGUCCAAAAAUUCAAAUUUUCAAGAUAAUUCUUGGUACAAAUCCAGAAGAAGUCAAACAAUCCACCCUUGCCUCUUUGAGCUACUCUUAUGUUGCCUAGAUGGUAUGGAGGAAUUACUUCCUUUGUUACUCUACGUGCAGGUGUGGACCAAGCUCUUUUAAAUGUAAAUAUUGAUCUAUGAAUACCCCUCCUUACCAGGAAAGUACCAAAUCUUCUCUGUAAGAUAUAACUCUUCCCCAGGUUCUGCCUUAGAUAUAAGAAAAAUAAUUUCCCUAUGUUUAGAGUUUAUACUGUUCUUCUUUCAAUCAAAUAAUGCUAUAAUUUCCUAUUCCACUCUAGUAAACACCAAGAAAGACUCUGAGUCUGCUCCAGUGAAAGGAGGCACCGUGACGGAUUUAGGUAAGUGCUUAUUGGUAUAAUUGUAUGUAUGUUUGAAAGUGCAGUGUAUAAACUAGAUCAGAUGGCUGAACUGUACAACAAUAUUUUGUGAAAAGAGAAUCCUGUCACUCCUCUUCUUUUGCUUGAGUGCACUUGUUUGUAAUCUCCUAAUGGUUCAUGUGUAUUACAUUAUUAUUGUCUGCAGAAUAGUCUAAUGGAGAGGUUUCAUUGCAGUGAGGGACAGUUUAGCAUUUCGUCCUUUUUAUGGUCCAUACAAUGAGUUUUAGUAAUAUAUACUAUUCAGUUGCAGUGCGAUUAAAUCAGAUUGUGAGCAAAGUGUUUUGAUUUCCCUGGGAAAAAAUAUUAUAUCAAAUAGAUUAUAUUGUUCCUGUGUUUUAUAUAUUCUGACUGCCCUAAGGAAGCCUGCACCUAUUUCCUUCCAUACCCAUGCUGGGAAUGCCUUUGACCCACAACCAACAUGAGGUGUCCAAGACUUUGAUGCAUGGGGUUUCUAUUUGGUAUAUGUGAGAAUCAGGAAUUUUAUAAAUGCUUCACUUGUUAUAAUGCUUUACUGACCCACAGUCUAAAAAACAAAACCAAACCCAAAACUUUGUGUGUAUUGAGUGAAACAAUCCUUAUGCAAAGCUUUUUCCUGCUGAGUAAGUUAAUCUGGAAGGCUUUAUCAUAUUCCUUUGUCUAAGGACCUGGACGUCUGAAAAGUGUCAGGAUGUUUUUCUUUUUUUGUCUUUUUGUUCCCCCUGUUUAAUUUUGUGUCCAAUAAACUUCAGCUUGGAUUUUAGUGAGCACUUGUUGUGGCGUGUUUUUCUUUUUUUCCUUUGAGACUUUAUCCCAGGUGCCAAAAUAACUUGGUCAGAAAUCUUUAAAGGGACCAUAUGGGCAUGGAACAGGUCUGGGUCUCAUUAAUAAGCUGUAGUUUUGCAUCCUUAGAUCUUUGUAAUUUUAGUAAAAUAAAUAAAUGUUUGGAAGAAUGCUGCUCCAUAACCACGCACUCCUUAUGCCAGAAAAAAGAUUUGAUAUCAAUGUACAUUCACAACUCAACCUCUGAUAGCGCUGAAUGAGCUGAACUAGAAAGCAGACUGCAGUAGAAAGGAGAGGACACCCAAACAGGCACAGAAUAAGGAUAUCACAACAUGCAUGUCUGUAGUUUAUCUCACUUCCUGCAGCUUGCUUUUGGAUUAUAUGAAGCAGCUUAAUUGUAUAUCACAACAUCACAACUGUGAUAAUCUUUCGACUAUGAUUGAGAAUCACAAAGGUUUUCACUAAAGUGAGAUUUAUCGGGAAAACGUAACUGAAUUUUUUUCUGAUUCCUAAAAAGCUAAGAUGGGAUGAGAAUUGAUAAGAAUAAAGUAAACCUUUAAUUAUGAAAAUGGAAAACGACAACAACAGUAAUGCAAGGCUGCGCCAAAGUAUAUCAAUGUGGACUACAGAUAUUAUAAAGCAUAUAAAUGAGACAUAUAAACUAUUCUGUUUGCACUCUUUUUAUGUCUCAUUUAUAUGCUUUAUAAUAUCUGUAGUCCACAUUGAUAUAUUUUGGCACAGCCUUGCAUUACUGUUGUUGUUGUCGUCUUCCAUUUUCAUUAUAGAGGGUUACCCUCUGCUAGGCCGCUACCCAUCCACUUUUUAUUAUUAGCGCUAACCUCCUUUAUCUUUUUACAUCUUUAUUUAUGAACAAUGUAGUAAAAGCCAAACUGAAUAAACAUAUAAAUGAUCUAAAAAUAUAUAUAUACUCAGUUAUAAUUAUAUAUCAGUUGUUCCCAAACUAGUCCUCAUGGCCCACCAACAGUUCAGGAUUUAUGUAUUUCCCUGUUUUUUUCCAGUGGAGAUAUUGACAAAACCUGAACUGUUGGUGGGUCUUGAGGACUGGUUUGGGAAAGACUGAUAUAGAGUAUAACUUUUUAGACCAUUUAUAUUCCUUAUAUUAAAAAUAAUAAUGAAAUAUCACUCCGUACAUUCCUUCAAACGUUAUUGCCUAAUCUAGUAACUGGGAUAAUAAAUUAAACAUAAACAUGUUUCCAAGUCGAAUUUCAAUUAGCAUAGGGCUACAUUAUUAUUGAUGGAAAAACAAUACAUUCAAAGAUAAGUAUAUAAUAUAGAAGUGCCCACAGGCUAAGCUUGCUUUUUAAAUUUGUUCUGUAAAAUAUGCUGUUCUAACAUAACAUUGUAUCAUUCCAAAGUUACACAAAUACAAACUAACAUUAGUCUAAGUGGCACGAUUGGUUAGAGCCAAUGUUUCAUACAAAACAACUAUGGUCUUCCCCAAAACAGAAGGAAAAACACUAGUGUGUGUGAACUGACACUAAAAUACAGAUUAUAUAGUUCAGUUCAUAUAUACAAAUGGCACUAAUAAUCAAGAGGCAAAACUUAAACUAAAAGAAAUCUCUAAGAAUAGAAUAAAUUAAUAAAUGGGAAUAAACUGCUAUGUGUCAGCCUGUAGGAUACAUUUUGGUAUAUUAAUAGUUAAUUAAAUCACCCAUACUAUAAUGUAUAAAUUAGUAGACACCCUCUUACAAACACUGUAAUAGAAAGAGAAAUGAGGAGGUCAUAUACAGAGACUUAGGGGAGUCAGGAUUCCAGAAUAGGUGAAGGUACAAGUUGCUUUAAUCAGAAACAGAUAUCUAUCUGUUGUAAUAAUGCUAAUCUAAAACUGAGAUGUACUCCAAAGCAUGUUUCACCUUGCUCAUCAGGGGAUGUCUACCUAAAAGAAUGUGGUUUUAUGCUUACAUGUAUGAUAGAACCGCUUUAGCAUUCAACCUCUCUAGCGGACAGUAGCUCAUUUAAUUCAAACUUUAACUAAAGCCCUCAGCAGAGAGAUUCUUAUUAUUUAUGCUACCAGAAAAGUUGGCAACAUUUAUUAUAAAACUGAUCAUUCAAAUUGUGAUAGCAGUUAGCACAGUACUGACAUAAAACUAGGCCAAUAACAAAGUCUCUACUAGAUAAGUUAUUUAGUGCAUAUCCCUAAAUGGCUCAUACAACCAAUUAAAUACAAAUAAAGCCUGGUUCACGUAGAACUCAAAUCUCAUCCUUCUUAAUAAGCUCCCUGUUUGCCAUAUUAUGUAAUAACUGUUCGGAAUCUUUUUUUAAUUUGGUUAACAUUGACUGUUGGUACAUUUUACUAAAUCUCUUAAAAGCAAUAUCAUAUGACUGAUAUUUUUACCAUACAAGCAUUGUUAAACAAAUAAACCUUGGCAGGAAAAAAGAAAUCCUACCUCUUGUUUUUAUUUCUGUUGUCCAUCGCUCACUUUUUGUGUACAGAUAUUUUUUGUAUCUUUUGUGAACUCUGUAUUUGUAUGGCAUGCAAAACCUUAAAGGAACACAAUAGACACCAAAACAACAUCAUCUAAAGAGUGCCUCCAGACACCAUAACCUUAAGGGAUUAAACCGUUCUUAAAUGGUUUAACUCCAAAGAUGCCUCCAACAAUGGUCUCCAUUUCUCCCCUGGCAACUUAUAUUGUCUGAAUUGUCAGAUUCAGAAAGCACAGAGUGUCGCUGGGCAUGGGCGCUGCUAUAUGGCUUAGAGCGAUCAGUUGAUGCUCUCAGCCAAUCGGCAAGUCCCCAUUCACUAAACCUGCUUGCUUGAAGAUGUUUAUACAUAGUUUUGUUAAUGCACGUUUUAACACUGUGUUUCCACUCUGUGUUCCUUUCAGAUAACCUUCCAUGGGAUGUAAUGUUUAUACCAUAUGGCUGAAUUACUCUGCUUAGUUGUAGUAUACAAUGACUUAAUUUGACCCACAACAUAACUGCAGAAAGCCAGAUAAACUACAGACAGAUAGAGAUAUCCUUUCUAUUCGACUGCCUGGGUUUCCUCUGCUUUUAAUGUUGGCUUUUUAAAAAAAAUUUAAUUCUUUAUUUUUCCUGUGCAAGAGAUUACAAUCAGGUUCACUAUGUCACAAUAGCUGUUGGAAACAUUGCAAGAAAUAACAAGACCAGAAAUAACAUUGCAUAGUGGAUAUCGUGCACCUAUUUUUAGGUAUCGAAAAAAUACAAGAGUGUCAAACGAUUCAGGCAUGUCUAACUAUGAGGUUAUUAAUCAGAUUUGCAGACAUGUGGGGCUAGCUAGGCAUGUGGACAGUGAAGAGAAUCCAUACCUUUGUCUCCUGGCUCAGCUGUCUUGCUUCUAGUGUGGCCCAGAAUCAGGCAAAGAUACGAUCAAGAUUCACCAGUGUUGUCGCUAUGUGGGCCUCAGGUGAGGAUUCAGCUGCGGUCGCCGCCAUCUUGUGCACCUCUGUGUACUAAGACUCUCAGUGGCGGUAUUUGUUAGAUGAGGAGGUGGAUCCUCCUGAGACCGGGAUGACCCCCACCAGUUGAAAAGGGGGAGGGAGGAAGAGUGCAGAAGACGGCAGGUUUCGCAAGAGUCUGCGCCAGGAGAGCGGUCGUCUCUCCGGCGUCUUAGUCACUUGUAGGCCGGAAGAGGUAAGUUGCCGGUGGUCCAGGCGAGGGAAGUCCUGAAUCUGGUAUUGUUUGGUUCACCAGUGUCCCCACUGUGCGGUACCCGGUUUGUGGUGGCUAGAUCUUCUGUUUGACUGGAGAAAAUCAUUAAAUAUAACGUGGAGCCCGGGAGUUCAUUCAGCAUGCGUCCUCUUGGCUAGCCAGUCAAGCUCCACCCCCGUAAAGUUGACUUUUUGGCUAGCAGCUUAUUCUGUGCUGUGUGGGGCUGACCUGUGUACACUAAUGAGGAAUUCGUUUUCAGCAUUGAGGAGGUGUGACUAAGGAGGCAGGCUUAUGAUGCAGCAUUCUGCAAAACAUUUAUUGCAAAAUGGAAAAAAAAUAAUACAUGCACAAUUUGUAAUACAACAUAGGACAAAAUCAGUACAUUAAAGAUGUAUUGGUCCCUAUAGUGUCCAUUUAAGUGUGUGUGUGUGUGUGUUGUAAACCUAAAGCCAUCUCAGAACUCUGCACAGAUUCCGAAAAGAGGUCUUUCUUACCAAAAAGCACACAAAUGCUUCCUUGGUGAAUUGUGUCACUGAAUGUGCCCAAAAUAAGUGACCUUGGGAAUUAGGGUGGGGCCGUUUAAAGGCGGUGUGUGUCAGUUUACUGACAGCCUCCCUGGCCAGCCCCACUCAGGGCACACCAUGCACAGAGCAGUGCUGAAGCACUUUUGGCAUAGUCUUAGUGCUCUCAGCAUAGCGUGUGUGCUUCUAAUGAUAUACUCACUGGAUGCAGGAGAUCACGAAACGAACGGGGGAUAGCAGAACAAGAGCCUGAAAUUGGGACAUUCCCUUGGAAUUUGGAACUUUUGGGCAGUGUGCAACACCAAAAGAGAAAAAGACUGUGUGGUAUUGUAGUAUAUUCUUCUGAUUUCAGAGUUUCUCUGUUUUCCUGUCUUGCUUUUACAGAUGAACAAGAGGAUGAAAGUAUGGAAACUGUGACCAAGGUAUGAGUAGCAUCUUACAUAACAUCUACAUGCACUUGUUUUUUGGUUUUUUUUGUGGGUUUUUUUUUUUUUUUUUUCGGUUUUUAGAACACACUAAUCACUACUAGUUAAAAUUACCUGUUCAAUUUUGUUCCCUGUAGGACGAGGAUGAGAACUCAUCAGGGAACAAAGGAGAACAAAUCAAGACUUCCGACCUUCAUGAGGACAACGUGACUGAACAAACCCAUCAUAUUAUUAUCCCCAGCUAUGCUGCCUGGUUUGAUUACAAUAGGUAAUUCAGAUAGGCUUGUCUAUUUAACUUACAAGUUCCCCUGUUAUGAUUAUGGUGUGCAUUUUAUUGUGUGCUUGGAAAACUUCAUGUCAAAGCCCUAUUGGGUUCAAUUUUAACAUAUUUGUACCUUUCCCUCUCUGACAACCGGUCAUUUUUAAUAUUUUUUCCUAUCUGAUGCCUUUUUCUUUGCAGUGUUCAUGCCAUUGAACGUCGGGCACUACCAGAAUUUUUCAACGGCAAAAAUAAGUCAAAAACCCCAGAGAUGUAAGUUCUACCGGUCAUAGAACAAGCUAUGAUGGAUUUGCUGGGGCUAUAUGACUCAUAAAUUCAUCAUUAUAUGGAAGACUUUAAAGUUAAACACUCUAGUUGUGUACAUAAAGAUUUGACGAACUGGAUAGAAAAACAUCAUCUUAUUACUGUGUGCUAUAAGUCAUGUAAUAGGCUACAAACUUGAUUUGGUGGGAAUGCAUUUAACCAUAUUUGGUGCCAUACUGGCCUGUCAAAACUAAUUGUUCACUUUCAAUCUCUUUUGUUUUGUAUUGUUAUAUACUUAUAAAACUUUAUAUUGGGUUAAAAUGACAUUGUUCAUUAACCUUUUUUUCAUAAUGUUAUUCAGAACUCCUUCAGCUUUUAGACAGUUGUUUAUUUUUAAAUAUAUCUUUAGAAUAUUAUUAAUAUAUCACAAUUAAAUAGUUUUUUUUUUUUCCUUUUAUCCCACCUUGCUUUAUUGUAAAAUGUGUGUGCUUUUAUGUCACAGGAUCCUCAGUGACAAAACAAACACACGUCAUUCACUCUAACUCAUUCAGUACCUCAAAGAGAUCCAAUGAUUUAAAUUUUGGGGGAUUUUUUUUUCUCAUCCAUCCCGGUAUAGAGUGUGUGAGAAAAUAAAGAUUUUGGAAUUAAAAUGAAAAGGAGUUAUUAUGAACUCAAAAGUGAAUUUAGACACAUCAUGUCACAACCUUGCUCCGAGAUCAUUACCUUGGAUGCACUCGUACUUAUGUUAUUUUGAUACUGUCUGUAAUGUAAUUGGAUGAGUCUUACAGGGAUGAGAGAUUGUCAUGUCUUUUAGUGUACUAAAUACUUUCAGGUCUACUUAUUGCUGACCUGCAUUUCCCUUAAACCUCUGCUAAAUAUGAAUUCAUCAAACAUACAUUGAAAAUAAUGUAAAUACAAGAAUUGGCUGAAAACUCUCAGCCACUGUUUGGUUCAUGCAAAGUCUGCAUCAGGCGAUGAUAAUUCAGGGGUAACUUCAUAUUUUUUCUCCUACCUUUUCUAAAAUUAAUUAUUUGUAUAAUACAUAAACCAAAGAGUAGUCCACUUCAUCCAAGAGAGCCUUUUCUUUAAAGGAACACUAUAGGGUCAGUAACACAAACCUGUACUAUAGUGUUAAAAGCACCAUCUAGUCCUCCUUGGCCCCCUCCCUAAAUAUACUAAAAUCUUACUUUUAUUCAAGUCUGCAGCAGCUGCCACUGUCCUGUCUGCUGACAUUAUCAGAAGUGGCGGUCUGAGCCUAUCAUAGUUCUUCCCCAUAGGAUUUCCUCAUGUCAAGGAGGCAGAGCACAAGUCAAACACAGCCCUGACCAAUCAGCAUCUUCUCAUAGAGAUUAAUUGAAUCAAUGCAUCUCUAUAAGGAAAGUUCAGUGUCUGCAUGUAGAUGGUGGAGACACGGAUUGGCAGUGCUGCUCACUGUGCAGGAAGCACCUCUACUAGCCAUCUGAGGAGUGGCCAGUGGAGUUAUCACUAGGCUGUAAUGUAAACACUGCAAUUUCUCUGAAAAGACCGUUUUUAGUGCAGAAAGCUUUAAGGGAAUGAUUAUACUCACCAUAACAAAUAAAAUAAGCUGUAGUUGUUCUGGUGACUAUAGUGUCCCUUUAAUUCGGAUGAAAAAAUGCUCUAGAAAGAAAUUUACAGUAAGAUGAUUAGAGUAGCAACUUUUUAUAUAGUUUCCUUAUUUUUUCAUUUCGUAUUCUUUUAGUAAUAUUAAUAUUACUAGCAUUUAUAAAGUGCUGACAGCGAUGUACAAUCAGGAAAAUAGGCAGUACGUUAUAGACAAACAAAUACAAAAGGAAUAGAGGACCCUGCCCAUGAAGUUAGAUUUAGUAUUAACAGCCUCGUUUUAAAAAGUACUAAAUUAAAUGGCUUGUUUUGGCUAUGAAGGGAACUUGAGACCAGAGGUUUAAAGGUAAUGGGUAGAUAACCUUACAGCACUUGCACAGACUGCUAAGAUGGGAUGUAGUAGGCCAUAAUGAGUGUGCACUGUUAAUCCGGCUGCUUUUCCAUGUUUAGCUACCUGGCAUAUCGAAACUUCAUGAUUGACACCUACCGACUCAACCCUCAGGAAUACCUCACUUCUACAGCAUGUCGUCGUAACUUGGCAGGAGAUGUCUGUGCUAUCAUGAGGUGCGGGGAACAUGGGAACUUCAACUCAAAGGACUAAAAGGCAAUGACCAAAAUGGGCCAAGGCAGAGAUGCUAUGUGAAAAUACCGGCUAGCUUUGGGGAAAGGCCAUGCAUGUGGAUAAGUGAGAGCUGUAUAAUAUUUAUGUAAAGAGCAGAGUAUGGUUUCCCAGCUGUUGUGUUCUGCUUGCUGCAGGGUACAUGCCUUCCUGGAACAAUGGGGUCUCAUUAACUACCAAGUGGAUGCUGAGAGUCGUCCAACCCCUAUGGGGCCGCCUCCUACAUCACAUUUCCAUGUGUUAGCUGAUACUCCUUCAGGACUGGUUCCAUUGCAGCCCAAAACACCACAGGUAGACUGGUUUUGAAAUUGUCUCUUUCACUUUUUUUUUUUUUUUCACUUUGAUUUAUCUGGCACUUAAUUUGCAGCUUCAUCACUUUUAAAACAUGACUUGUCACUGCCAUUGCUACUCUAGGUUGUGUUUUUUACAAAUGUAAUUGUACUGUUUUGUUGGUGUUCCAUAAUAACUUUCGCCCUUUCAACCUUUAUUUUAUUUGUUUUUGUCUGUUUUGUGGCAUAUUUUGUCUAGAAUCUUUUUUUUUUUUUUGCCCUUCAUCCACAUCAAAUCCUCUUUAUUAAAUAUUUCCUGUUCUUUCCCUUUAGACAUCUGCUUCCCAACAAAUGCUGAAUUUUCCUGAUAAAGGUAAAGAAAAACCCAGUGACCUUCAAAAUUUUGGCUUACGAACAGAUAUGUACAGCAAGAAAAACACAACAUCCAAGGUAUAUUCUUGUAACCUUUUUGUAAUGUUAUGUGUUUAGUGUCCUGCUGUCUUAUGCCAAUGUUGAUGUGUGAGAAUAUUACUGGCAGAGGGCACACUUUCAUACUUAGUCACUUACUUGUGAAUUGACAGAAAUAUAUUGUGAAUUCAAAGUGAAUUUCAAAUUGUAGACCAAAAUACAUUAAUUGAAAGCAUGGCCUAUUCAGCUUUUUUUUAGCCUAAAAUUUAAAAUCUGCUGUGAUUUCACUAUGGCAUGACAACACUUCACACUUUUAGUGAAGAACUAUGUCUGCAGGCUGCUUUGACACUUCUACAAUCUGUUUUAUCUUUGUAUUUUAGUGGGGUAUCUAUUUCAGGUUGUUUCAAAAUGUUAGAUGUCAGGACUUUGUGACAUGAUAGCAGAUUUCUGCCAUCUGCAAAGUUAAAUGAAGGGAAUACAGGAGGAGUCUAUUUAUUUCUGGUAGCUGUGUCUUAUUAAAUUUAAUUUAUUUUGGUAAAUAAUGUUAUGUUAAAAAAUAAAAUCAUGACAUAGCCACAUUCUUAAACAGUGUGGUAACAGCUGAUUGUAAAUAUUUGGUUUAAGUUUCACAAAGUGUGUAUUUAUAAUAGAAUUAAUCAAUAAACAGCCUUUUUUAUUGAAAGGCCACAUUUUUAUUUAUACACUAAUUCUCCUUUAUUAUACUGCCCCAUUGUCUGUUAACUUCUAUAUUCUCUAUAGAAAUCUUGACACUUUUCCCAUCUAACUGUAUGCCAGUAUACCAAUCAAUGUCAUAUUAUGUGACAUGUUUUAUAAUUCCGUAUUUCUCUCAUAGAGUAAAGCUGCUGCAAGUGCCACACGUGAAUGGACAGAACAGGAGACACUAUUGCUGCUUGAGGUAAGUGGAUAUAAAUCACUGCUUUCCAUAGAUAUUGUAUACUGUAUAUCUGUGUUUAUGAACACUGAAUGGUUUGUUAUUGCCUCAUACCUUCUCAGGCACUAGAAAUGUACAAAGACGACUGGAAUAAGGUGUCUGAACACGUAGGGAGCCGCACACAGGACGAGUGCAUCCUUCAUUUCUUGCGUUUGCCAAUUGAGGACCCCUAUCUGGAGGACUCUGAGGCCUCACUUGGACCUCUAGCCUUUCAGCCCAUACCCUUCAGCCAGUCAGGCAACCCUGUGAUGAGCACUGUAGCCUUCCUUGCGUCUGUGGUAGACCCCCGUGUAGCAUCUGCUGCAGCCAAAUCAGCUUUAGGUAUAUUAUCUCUCUCUCUCAUGUUUGUUAAAAAAAACAAAAAAACUCACAUUACCCUGUGUAAUUGAACUUUGACUUUUUUUUAGUUUCUCAUUAACAAUCUGUGCAUACAAAAAAUAACUAUCCUCCUGUGUAUGUGUUUAAGAAAUAACUUGGGUUACAUUGGAGUGUGACAUUCUCAUAAAUUAAUAUUUUAGAGUUUUUCUACCGCCUUUUGUAGAUGAAUUUUCUAAGAUGAAGGAGGAAGUUCCUACAGCACUGGUGGAAGCUCACGUGCGGAAGGUGGAGGAUGCAGCUAAAAUAACUGGCAAACCCGACCCCAGCUAUGGACUGGAGAGCAGUGGCAUCGCUGGAACUACAUUUGAAGAUAAUGAGAAGAUAGGUGAGCUGCAGUAUGGAAACAUAGCUACUAAACUAUAAAUCAAAAUAUCACUUUCGGUCUUGCUUUAUCAUGGGUGGGUUAGCUAAUUUAAUAAUCCCAAGAUUAAGCAAUGCGUGAGCCAAAUGUGCUCUUCUUACUCUUUUUUUUUUUUUCUCAUUUUUUUGUAAUUGGAUUUCAGUUUAGCUGAUCUUCCUUCAUGGAGAUGGAGUGCAGCUCUACCAAAGGAUGGGAGGUUCUGUCUGUUAGUUUGCACUUUAGUAUUUUAUACAUGAUUUGUUAGUCUCUGCUGUUUAACCCCUUAAGGACACAUGACAUGUGUGACAUGUCAUGAUUCCCUUUUAUUCCAGAAGUUUGGUCCUUAAGGGCUUAAAGCACUAGGUUGCCAUGAACACAAACUAUCAUGGAUUGUUUGUAUGUACUUCCAGCAUUUAAUAAAAAUGUACGAUUUUCGUAAUGAUUACAAAUUUAGUAGCCAGAGAGCUUAAUCAUGGCACUUCAGAUACUUUUUUACUAUUUUUCCCAUAAUCUUUCAAAGGUGGCUUUGUGUAAGAAACAUCUGGGGUGCUAAGGUUAAUAAAUAUAUUGACAUAGUUUACAUGUGAGUAAUGAUUGUUUCUAUGUAUUUAUUGAUACCCUCUACAGAUUGUCCCAAAAGGAACACCCAUGAACCCCAUGGUAGGGAAUACUCAAGCUGUUUCCUCUAUUAUACCCAAGACACCUUACAUCUUUUCAAAAGGAAUCUGUUAGGCGAAAAACAUGUAUUUCAACAGCCCUUCAGCUCGAGAAUGGAAGUUCAAUAGAGAUAAGGCCUUAUUUAAAAAAAAUUUAAUGUCUGAUAAAUUCUCAUAUUUUGCUAAAGGGUAAGAUCAUUUAUGUCAAGUCUCACAAUAUGAGCAGGCCAUGUGUGCCUUUUAGUGAGCAGUUUAUAGUAGUUGGUAAAAAAAAAAAAAAAAAGAAAGAAAAAAAAACAAUAUCAGUGAGAGCCUAGUUUGUAGUCUUUAUCACCAGUUUUUGUCGUUGCUUUGGAAAUCAACAGUGAUUGAAGUAGGAUUAAGAAAUUACAAAACAAAUUGUGUUGUUAGAUCCCCAGAGUGUUUAUUCACAUAGUGUACUAGUUUUCUAGCAUCUUUGCAAAUGUAGGUGUGCAUGAUUGUUCCAGUGGUUAAUCAAUGGACGGAUGAACAGUAAAGCUACAAUGCAGAUAGUACAUAUCACUCCCUGUUUCCUUAUAAAAUAUUUAUAACAACAUUCAAUGUACCCUCUUCUAGAGGAAAGCAGUACAGAAGAGCCACCAUCAGAAACACAGAGCACAGAAGACAAGAAAGAACCCAAGGUACAUUUUUUCUUUUAAAUAAUUUUUUUAUUGAGAGUGUCAAAUAGAAAUGCAAAACAUACAUUGGAUAACAAUAAGUAGUUUCAAGUAUUAUUGAAAUAGGCAUUUGAGAAUUGCAAAGUACAUAAAAUUACAUUCUCUUUUUUCUGUGACAUUAUACCAAAAAAUAUCUAAACUAAACAGAAACAUGCCUGCCAGUUCCCACAUCCCCAUCCCUCCCCCACUACCUAACCAAUAAAAUAUUAGUGGUAAUGGUAAAAGCAAAAGCAUACGCAUUUCAUGGCCUUGUUCAAGGUCAGAUUUGAAUUUAGAUGUACGAUCCCAUGAACUUACAUUGGAGCUAUAGCAGUGAUAAUAAGGUUAUUGAUAUAUUAAGUAGGCAGAGUAGGGAGAUGUGGAGAUAAUAGGGAGAAAUUACUCCACUGUCAGCCACGUCUCCUCCCCCACAUUCAAUUGUAGUGACGUCAAGAAUGUCAGAUAGUAUGAUGGAGAUCGGACAUAUAUAUAACUGGUAGGAGGGAUAGAGCAGGUCCACAAUUGCAGAACUAGUCGGGCCCCAAGGUCCAUUUUGCGACAGUGACCCGGGAUUUGGCAUUGCUGUUCUAGUAAACAUUCUUAUGCUUUUAUUGUCCUGUUUACUAGGAGGCACAUCUUCCAAAACAAAAGAGAAGUGAAAAUACAUAGAUUCCUCUUGCUCUUAAGUCACUGUCUGGUUUUACCUAGGUUUGCACAUUUGGUACUCCAGCUGUUGUGAAAUAUGUUUCCUGUGAUGCUCAUCACAGUCCAUAACAUCUGGGGAGCAAAAGUUUGCUAAUUUUAAUUUAUAGUAAAUCCGUAGAGCAUCUUGGAGUUUUAGCCUAAAACAUCACUACUGUAAAUUGAGCAAUGCACACUGUUGCUUAAUGUUUCAGGACUCCCCAGGUGAAGCCAUCCCUGACGAUGAGGGGAAGGAACGGACAAGUGAGGUAUCAAAGAAGGAUGAUGAGAAAAGCAAAGAUAACGAUACAGACAAAGAAUCCGAAAAAAGUGAUGUUGAUAUGGGUAGGUUAGCAAUUAACAUUCAGAUCUUCUGCCUGAAAGCAAAAUAUCUAGAUAGUCAGAAUUUCAAAUUCACACUUACAGGGAUUGCAGUCUUUUUAAUUUACAUUAAACUUAUUUAAAUUGUCAUAAAUUAAUCCCUUAAGGACCGAAGCAAUUGUCCAACUUCUGAACCAUAACAAAACCUGGAAAUGUUUGUUCCACUGUAAUUUAAAGGGUUUUCUUUACAUGUACCCAUAUAUAUUAUAUAUUGGAGGUUUUGUAGUCAUUGUUUUUAACCCCCUUAAGGACAAGUUUGAUUUGUGUUUCACUUAAGGACCAAAGCAAUGUUUGCUCUGUUUGUGUUCAACUGCAAUUUCAAUCUUUCACAUUUAAAGCACCAACACAUAUUGUAUACCAUUUCUUAAAGGACAAAAAGGCUUUGAUUUCAGUUUAUUUUGUUAAUUACAGGUCACAAAAUACAAGGAGUAAAUUAAAAUUUCAAUGUGGAGUGAUUUUAGUCUAAUAGUCAUCACAAAAAACAAAAUUGCCACACAAAGUCUAUCUUUUUAUAAAGUAGACAUCAUAAUACCUACAGGUAUUUUGACACUUAUUACGUAGCCACGUCAAUGCCAAUCUCUGCUAAAUAUUGUAGUAAAAUUUAGUUGUUUUUUUUCUUCACAUUUUUAACAUACACACCCAGAUGCGUAACUAGAAACCACAGGUCCCCAGUACAGAAAUUGACCUGGGGCCCCCCAUGCGUCUACCCCCAGCAUACAUGCAAAUAUACACACACACAUACAUACACGGACAUAACACUCAUACAUACACACAUACAGAAAAACAUUCAUACAGACAAACAUAGAUACAAACAAACACAUUUAUUUACAAAAAUUUUAAGUCUCCCUCCUGUUUCCUACCUUUUUAGGGUGACUUUCCCUGGGGUCCAGUGGCUCACGCUGAUGGGGUCCACUCUGACUCCCUCCUCCUGUGCGGCUCCCGGUGGUUGCUGGGAGGAGUGACCGGGGCAGUCACUUCCUACCGGCGUGGCAGCGUCCAACAUCAUCACAGGGGACCCAGUCACGCUGUUAAAGCGCAACGCUGACCGGGCCACCUGGAAAUUCAUUUCCAUCGGGUGGCCAUAACAGUAUGGGCCACCCGAUGGACCCCUUAAUCUGGCCCUGGCAGUUACACUGUGCGGGCUGGGGCCGUAACAUAUGAAGGCGGGUACCCGGUUGCAGGCGUUUGCAGGACGGCCGGGCCCCUGGAGUGGCGGGUCCGGUCGCAGCUAAGACCGCGGUAGUUCCGCCACUGUAUAUGCUUUGUUUCAUAAUUAUUUUGUAAACCUGAUGUGCUACUACUGUACAAAACCCCGUAUUGUGUUCCUCUGCAUCUUCUGAGUACAAUACCUCCAUUAUUUUGCCACACGGGCGCAUUAGCUUUCCAAUGUUUUCCUAUGGGAAAGCAUUGGAUUGGCUGAGAUUGUCAAUUCUGAUUAUCUCAGCCAAUGAGGCAGAUCGCAGGCAAUCUAUUAAGACACUGAGAGCCUCCCAAACACCAGAUUCAGUGAGAGAAUCACUGUAGCUGAGAUUGAUUACCAGUUGCUGUGUCCUCUAUGGAUUUAUAGGGCUCUAUGCAGCUUAUAAAAAAAAUUCUGGGUCCACUAAAAAUAGCCACAGCUCACAGAAGGUUUAACCCUGCUUACACUACUAUUUAAAUCCCCAUUGAACUGUGUGCUGAACUCACUCUCAUGCAGCUCACCUGUCAGUCUUGGGCUUCUAAAAAUGGCCUCAGCUGACAGAGAUGAGCUCUAGAUAUCUAUUGUUAGCUGGGUUUACUGGUGUGAGCAGGGAUUUAACCAUGUUCACACUGCAUUGUAAAAAUGGAGAUUUAAAUUCCUGAUUGCAGUUUACUUUGAGCUCUGCAAACAGUGCAUAGGUCAGUCUAGGGCCACUCAUUCUGGCCCCAGCUGAAAGAGAGGACCCUGGGUAUUAAGAUAAAUUAGGUUCCUUGGUAGUAGCAGAAUUUUAACCCCUACUGGUACUUUUACUGCAUGAUGGUCUAUGCCAUUACUGGGCAUUAAAGCCCUGCCCUGCGUGACGACAUAGACAGACAUGUGGUCUUUAAGUGGUUAAGGACAAAAAGAGCUUUCUAAUAUCCUACUCGUAUGAAUACAAUGGAAAAGAGAAAAAGCCCUGCAUACAGCCCAUCAGUCAGUCUGGGGUCACUAAAUAUGCAAAUGUAUUUGUCUUCUUUGGUAGUGCACAUAGUCCAGCUAUGAAUGAAUAGAGCUUUUUAGCCUAUUAACUCCCAGUCUGAACUGGAUAAUUGGUGAAGGUUUAAAUUUGUGUAUGUCAAAAUUUCUGUUGCAUCAUCAGCACAUACCAGAUAGACUACUGGUCUUCUUCCGCUAACAGUGGUAUGUAGAACUCGGUAGUUGAUACGUUUUUAAAGAAAAGUUGACCAACAUUCGGUCCACGAUUCUGUUACUAGGUUAGUGGAAUUUGUAACAACUACAUUGGAUAUUAAAAUACUAAUAAAAUCUGCAAAUUACAGACAUCCCAAAACUGUACUUAUUACCAGGCUUGAUGUUUAUCCUUGUCUAACUACAGGUUGGUAAGUGAGUGAGUAAAGUGGCAGACCCAAGGACUACUGUAUUCCCAUGGGCUUCUCCUGAUGCACUAAUUAACUAGCUUACUGGUAUAAAGAGACCUAUCAGCAGUCUUGUAUACAAAGGCAAAAAAAAGACACAAUCCAAUAUAUAUAUAUAUAUAUAUAUAUGCAUAAUAUGUAUUUGCAAUAUCCCUUACCAGUGUCUUCUAAUGAGUUACGUGUAAGACUUGUUUCUUGCAUAUAUUUAUAAACUCUAUUUUGUUAACACUCAGAAAAUAUACUAAUCAUCUUUUAGUACUACCCCUGAUUUCCAUGCUGUCUGAGUCUCAUUUUAGACAUUUGCCUACAACAGGACUUUGUACAUGACUCCUUAUGUAUUAUAUUAUUAUAUCACAGGUGAUGGUGAAAAGGUCCAGGAUAAUAAAGAAGCAUCUGAGGAGACUGAUAAGGAAGAAAUUGAUGGGAAGAAUAAGGUGGAAAGAGAUAUUGGAGAGGGCAAUUUGUCUACGGCUGCUGCUGCCGCCUUGGCUGCUGCAGCAGUUAAAGCAAAGGUGAAAAAGUUUCUCAUUAUAUUUUGCCGAAUAGUUCUCAUAUAUCUCAUUAACCUCUAAUAUAUUUUGAGUAUAAAAAUGUACUUUAUAUGUAUGUGAGGCUGUGUUGUAUUUCUUCACAAUUUGUGUCUUCUGUGAAAUAUAGGCCCAUUGCAAUAGCAAGUAGUAUGAUAAAAGUAGUGUAAUACUGGAUCUAGUGUUGCUGAGGUCAAUCAGAAAAUACUGUCACUUUUGAUUGUUAGGAAUGUAAAUAAAUGAAUAAAGCAACCAACAUCAUUAAUCUGUAUCUAUAGUUCUUGUUAUUACUUAAGUGGUUGUAUGUUCCUCUCUAGCAUCUUGCUGCAGUGGAGGAGCGCAAGAUAAAGUCCCUCGUAGCUCUUCUGGUGGAAACUCAGAUGAAGAAGUUAGAAAUCAAACUUAGACACUUUGAAGAGUUGGAAACCAUCAUGGACAGAGAGAGGGAGGCGGUGAGUGUGUGUUGUAAAAUGUGUUGAAGUAUACCUGUAAGGUACCUGUAAUGCUAAAAUCAAUGUGGUCGCUUUUUUUUUUUUUCUAGCUGGAGUACCAGCGGCAGCAGCUUUUGGCUGAUCGGCAGAACUUCCACAUGGAGCAGAUGAAAUACGCAGAGUUGAGAGCCCGUCAACAACAUUUCCAACACAUUCAAAAUCAACACCAGCAGCAGCACCAGACUCCUCCAGGAAGUCAACCUGUACCACCCGCUGCUCAUUCCAUCCCAGUGCCACAGCAGUCUCUGACGCCAGCUCCAGUAAGCGCCACCAGCAGUACGGAAGCACUUGGUCAACCCACGCCACCCUCUGCACAGCCACCAGUAAACAGUCAACAACAGGGAGCAACACAGCCAAGCCCGGCACAUGGUGAGUCCAUUGCAAACCAUAAAUGGGUAAAAGAGUAAAGGGUAGAAUAAUUAGAAGACAGGCAUUUCUAUUCAAAGAGUCAAAGAAAGCUUCAUACAUAUAGAAUGGUUUACAUUUUAUCUACAACUAACCUUUUGUCAUUUGUGUGAGUCUUGUGUUACUGAAAAUUCCAAAUGUGUUUUCAAAUAAUUUGUUGAUUAAAUAUUUUAAUCGUUAGAUUUUCCCAUGCCAAGGAAAGGAAUUUGAAGACUUCUUGGCCAAUGUUUAUUACUGCUUUGGAAGUCUUUGGUCACUGAUGACUAUUCUUCUCUUGUACAAUUCAUUCUUCUGCCAAGAUUUUGUCCUUCAGCUAAUGAACAUUGAAUUAUUUAUUCCACUUCUAUAAAUGAUGCAUGCAUUAAUUUGUGAGCCAUGCAUACAUGUAAUACAAUCAGCUUCUCAGCUUCAUCUGUCUGGAAAAUGCAACAAACAAAGUCUAGAAGAAAGGCAAUGGCGUGGAACACUGUAAACAAACCUGACUGCUUAGAAUUCACUGUUAUCUGGAAUGGUGGUUAUCAUUGAUUCUAUUGUUAAUUUAAUGUUGCUUUACAUUACUUUGUAGGAACAUGUCAAGCAACAUAACCACUACAGCUGUAGUGAUUAUGGUACCAGGAGAACCCUGGUGCCUGCCAAUGUAAGGAGUCAAACUGUUUUGCUAAUGGUUUGCCAACUUACCAGCGGUCCAGGCCCGUCCAGUGCCAGUCCCCUCCUUUAUGGGCAUGUGGGGUGUCAAAUCACCAACUACAGUGUGUUGUAGUGGUUAUAGUGCUCGGAGUGUAUUUCUAAUGCUGUAGUGUUACUUUACCUAACGUAUUAGGUUUCACACCCCCACUGUCCCAACAUGCAAAGGGUUAAAAACCCUAUUUUUACUCACAUUAAUUUCAGCGCUGAGGCUACCUUGGCACUGGCUUGGUCUCCUCCUCCUAUGACAUCCCAUCCUACUGGGAUCUAAUUUGCGGUGCUUGCCACUUGCACAUUAAAACUUCCCAAUAGGAAAGCAUUGAAUUAGCUCUUUCCCAUAGGGAAUUUAAAGAUAUUAGACGUCCUCAGGCAAAGCGUGAGGAUGUCCUACAUUGCUUCACAGAGUAAAACGCAGUUAGCAUAUGUUUUACAUUGUAGGGUUAAAUAGACAGGAGCUAUGCACUCAAAACACUUCAAUGAGAAGAAGUGGUCUGGGUGCCUAUAGUGUCCCUUUAAUUACAUUUAGUUGAACUAGCGUUUUCUUUCAGCAGCAAAAAAGUAGUUUUUAUACUAGUACCAUAUAUAUAUUUAUUUUACUAGUAGUUUUAAUAGAUUUUAAUUUCAGCCAUGGCAAAUUCCACCCAAGAGGCAUAUUUGUAUAUAUUUACAACUAGGUACUGAUCUAGAUGAUGCAUCAUGUUUACAUUGGUAUGUAGUGUCUGUAGAAGAAUAUGUUACCUAACAUUGCAUCAGUGGGUUUGGAAAUUCACACUAGUAUUAAACAAUCACUUAAUUCUUGAGAAAUUAAGUUUUCUUUUAUAAAAUAUGCUGUUAGGUUAGCAUGAAGUGUUUGUGGGGUUUUUUAUGCGUUUGUCUCACUUUCUUUUCUGUAGGUUCAAGUACAUAUACAGGACAAAUGCCUCCUAACCCACUGAUCCCAUCAGCAGUAUCAGUUCCUGCCCAGCCACCGGUGCCUGGUAAUCCUCACCCCAGCAUGCCUCAGCCUGUUCCAUUUAAUUUGGGUAGUGACUUAGUUGACUCCAUUCAUCAAAACCCGCAAACUAACCCCUUUACCACUCACCAACCUAUGCAUGGAACAUUCCCCCCUGCAGCAUGUCGGGUCAGUGGGCCUCCUCCACCCCCUCAUAACCCUGCCAUUGCUGUGUCCUCAACGCCUCCUAACUUGCCGUCCUCCCUGAGUUCAGCUGCCACUCACAGCCCUGCCAUCGUAGCCGCAAUGCAGGGAGGGGCUGCCAUCACCACCAGUCCAGUGCCAGGUGAGCUCAUCACAAGGUGAAGGGGACGGGUCAAUGGUUUAACAAGGGAAUGCAUGAACAGACAUAAAUUAAAUUCUGUAUAUGGUAAAGACUACGUGCUUUUUCACUUUGAUGGUUAUUUAAAAAUGUAAGACAUUUAGUUUACAUUAUAGUUUGUAACGCCCCUAAAUCUUUUUUUAUUUAUUUUUUUAAAUGCUAUGUGCACUACGGGCCUAGAGAGAUUUCUGUAACUGCAAAUGUUGUGGUUCAGAGGAUACUUCUGUCUUACAGUAAAUAAUUAAAUAAAGGAUUUGUUUUAAAUAAAUUUCCAAGCACUAAAAAUACUUCAGUAUAAUACUACAUGUUCUUGAACCAGUGAUGCAGAAUUUUUUAUACUUGAAGUUAUUUAAAGCAAUCUUGUCAUGUUUUUUUGUUUAGUUUUUUUUUGUUAACGAUUACACCACCCCGUCCGUUGUUUCUUGCCUCUAUUUGUUUUUUUGUUUUUGUUUUUUGUGUGCUGGAUCUUAAUAUCUGGGUGCAGCCAUUUUGUUCUGCCAAAGUUGUCUACUGUUUGCCCUUUAAUAUUUUUUUACUUUACUGAUACCUUGAGGAUAUAUUUGAUUGGCAACUUAGAAAGAACCUUAAACUCCUCCUGUUGUACAUAAGGACAAGUAAUCCCUUUUUCCCUAUGUAUUUUAUGAAAAAAGAGAUUCCAACACAGGGAGCUGUACAGAAGCAAAUUAGGUAAAGUGUUUGGUGUCAGCCACUUUAACACUGUAAAUGCAGGCUUUCCUUCAGAAUUUUUACUACUUUACAUCAAUUCCUGUUUCAUUGUUGUAGGAUGAUGUACUCUACCCAACACAAUUGUGCCAGACUUACACAGUUGCUGGGAUUGGUGGACUUUGUAACAAAUUUGACAACUCCAGUGCAUUGAUAAUGCUGAUUGUUUAUUUUAAUUAGAAACUAGUAAAAAAAAUUAUCCAUGCCAUUUCUUAAAUAAAGUAGCACACACACAUAAAAAAGAAAGACCAGCAUUAUCAGCUAUAUUUAUACACUUAAAUCAAUUAAAUGUACUAAUUAAAAAAAAAAAAAAAAGCUAACAAUUAAUCUGAAGUGGCUUAAUUGGAAAGAUUCUCCCACUUUCACAAAUUUGCUGUUUUGGUCUGACAUUUUCCAAUGUUGCUGUGUUUUUACUUUUUAGCGAAUAAACCUUCAUAGUACCUUUCUAAUCAAAGUACAUCAGCCCAUAAAUGAUGGUUGUCACCUUUUGUAAUUUCAAUCUAAAAAAAGGUUUCAAAAUAAACGGUUAAAGUACAAUUAAUUAGCAUAUAGAAACCACCCUUAGUCGUAGUGAGAAAAAAUUAGUAGCCUUGAUUUAUAAAAUAAAAAAAUGUUAUAGCAGUUUAGGAGCUAUCUUUAUAAUCUGGGACUGUUAGAUGUUUAUAUUCAAACAAUUGUUUAAAUUCUGAUUAUUAACAUAACAGAGUUGCUUUAAUCCAGAUGCUUAAACAAAGGAUAUGCCUGGCGUUUUCUAUUAUGUCACACGGGGGAGCUAUAAGCACAAACUUUGUCUCCCUUGUAACUAUCAUCCCUUUCUCCAGCCCCUAUCCUCCCCCCUCUCCUUCCUUCAAAGUCUUUCCUUCUGUCUCCUAUUAUUACCGUGUUUGGUUGGUUUCUGGCUGAAAUGAUUUGGAGUCAACAUAUAAACAUGUGCUGUUUCCUUGUAUGCACUGCCUCCUCUUCCUCCCCUCUGCUCUCACAGACAGUUCUCAUUUUUUGUAUCCAAAAAAAUCAAGGAAAUUAUUGCAAGUGCUACAUUUGCAUUGAUUAGUAACUUUAAGUAGGAAAUCACUUGGCAGUUAUUAAAAAACAUUGCACAUAUAUGAUGGAAAAACAAAUAUACUGAGUAUAGAGUAAAGGAUUCAAUCUAUGUAUAGUAUUCCUGGAAUACAGACCCAACGAUGGCUUGUUUGCAGACAUGCUCUUAUUUGGUGGUAAAUGCAAGCCUUUCCCUGAACUACUUUGGCAUUCUGAUAAUCCUCGCCUUGACAGAAUUAACAUUGAUGGAACCACCACAAUGUGUACCUGAGACUCGGCAGGUGUGCACCCCACUACUACACUGUGCUGGUGUGGUACUUAUUUUGGAAAACUGGUGAAAUAUUAAAUCUCACAAUGGUCUAUUGAAAAUAGAACAUUAAAAAAGGUGUCAGAUAAUGAGAAAUCAACUCAUAGUGUACAUAACCUGAGCUUGCUUUUGUUGAAUCCGUGAAGAGAAUAUCCAAAUUUGGGAUGGUUCCAUUUCCCUCUCUUUAUAAUUAAUAAAUAUAUGAUUUUCUAAACUCCAUGAUGGCUUAAUUGGUUGAAAAGAUUAAUCUUUGUUUGUUAAUGCAACAGUGGAAGAGGAAAAGCUGUAAAUCGCAAAUGUAUAUAGAAAACACAGGUGAAAUAUCAUAGAGCGGUACAUACUGUUGUGCUCUAGUGACAACCAAGUUAGAAGACUACAAAGAACUUGGGAGUUCAACUGGCUGUUUUUUAAGCUUGUUUGAGUAUGGUCUUAAUCAACCUAUUGUUCCUGUAACAUUUGGUAAUUGUCUCAUUUAUUGUUAAAUUUACCCCUUUUCUAAUAUUGUAAAGCGCUGCAAAAAUACCCCCCAAAAAUUAUAAUAAUAUUUGUGCCUUUAGGAGUACACUUUAUGACCUUUGUUGUGAUUUGUACAUACAAGAACUGCAGCUAUUAUUUUACACUGACUAUCACUAAGGAAGAUUGCUACUCAUUUUCAACACCACUAUUACAGCUGUUAGAAUAACAUAGCAUAUGCUGCUUGCCUUUUAUAAAUAGUUAGUUUGAGAAGAUGCUAUAUUUUUCCUAGCAGAUCCAAUAGAGCUGAACUUGGGCUCUGCACAAUGUGAGUGGCAAUUUGAUGUCCCCAUGAUACUUCGUCUGUUAUACUGGUUACACUGUCUUUUAUUUUUAUGCUAUGUCAUUUUAUGAGAUUUAAGAAAAUCUGUCACAAUAUUUAUUAUUUUUACUUAUGAAUUCCUUUUUUUUUUUUUUUUUUUAAAGUAUGUUUCUUGUUUUCCUUCCACCGCAUUCAUGUUUUUGUUUUGUUUCAUACUUUUUUGUGCAUACACGAUCCUGUAAUUUCCUUUCUAUAUUAUAAUCCCCAGCCUUUUUACCAGAUCUCUAUUGUCCCAUUUUCUUUACCAACUUCCUAGAUUACUUUACUAACAUAAUUUUAGUUUAGUAAUAGUUUAUAUUGCACGUGCUCAUUUCUAAUAAAGGGAAAUCUUGCAAAAUCUAUCGUUUAUUAUUGAGCAUCAAUUUACACGUUCUGCUUUUCCUCUUUUCUUUUUUUGUUACAGAUACUGGAACUCUGCCUCCAGAAAAUAUUGGAAACUCAGUUACCCCUGCCCAACCAUAG